AUGUCGUGGAAGAGGAAUUACUUCGCUUCGGGUGGCGGAGCGGCAGGCGGGGUGCAGGGGCUGGUGACCCCGAGAACCAUGACCUCCAUCGCACCCAGCAAAGGCCUGAGCAACGAGCCGGGACAGAACAGCUGCUUCCUCAACAGCGCUCUGCAGGUCAGUCGGAUAAACACACAUGCACAAGCACACACAUGUACAUAAAGACACACGUAUUCAAGGUAGUCAGAAGAUGUUUAGGGAGAAACAUUUCAUAAAAGAAAGCUUUCAGGACCAUGUUUUGGUUGUAUCUACAGGCCAAGUCAAUCAGCUGACCUCUAACAUCCUGAAUUUAGUGUAACUUAAAGAAUAAGAGUGAAACAUCCACUAAAAAUGUCAAACCUGUAGUGUUUGGAGCUGCUUUAGUUUGUUUGCUUAAGACCGGUCCUUAGCUAUAAAGAAGUGCAAGUGUCUGCAGAGCUGGACCUGCAGAGUAACACAGGUGUCUGACGGAGUCUCCAACAGUCACUGAAAUAUUGAAUAAGAUGACUUUAUUUGAAUUUUAUAGCACUAUAACUCGUCCAAGUACCUUAUCUAUCUCUAACCGGGAAAAAUGUGGCAGAAAAAGGAGGACAGAACUACACUGAUGACCCACCGAGGGUAUGAGCACUUUUAUAUUAAAGCUGAAAAUGCAUUUUUAAUCCUGUAGUCGUUUUAUGGUGAUGUCGUGACGGCAAUGAAGUUUUCUAUGGAGAACCUUUAAUGACAGCAGGGCUGCCACUAGUGAUUAUUUUUGGUGACACUCAAUCUGCAGAUUUUUUUCACCCAAAAAAUGAUCCAUGAUUCAUUUUAUCUGUAAAAUAAAACUAUUUCCUCAAAGGCUAAAGUGAAAUUUCUCCUUUUAUUGAAGCAGUAGUUGAAGAUGAUUACUUUCACAUGUAAAGAAUAAUAAAUAACUGUAAAUUAGUUAUUAUCCAUGAUACUAAAUCUGAAUAAAUCAAAUUAUUAUUAAAAAAAAAAAGCGUCAGCUUUCUGACGAGGAGUAGGGCCUGUGUCCACCGCCUUCUUAAUGCGAGAGCUCUGCUAACCAGCCCUUACUGCCCACAAACCUGCAGGUUUGCUUUGAAGAUGCUGAGUGGCAAAAGCACAGGACUAAUUUAUUUUUGUAAAGAAAGGAUGAUGGACACAGGCCCUAAACAUUCUGUACAUGCAUUAAUGGACACCAGCCCUCAACAUAUAGUACGGGCAUUAAUGGACACUAGCCCUGAAUAUACUAGACCUGCAUCAGUGGACACUGGCCCUAAACAUACUGUACCAUGAUUAAUGGACACUAGCCCUAGACAUCCUAUAGAUGCAUUUAUGGACACCAGUCCUUAUCAUACUGUACGUGCACUAAAGGACACUAGCCCUAAACAUACAGUACAUGCAUUAAUGGACACCAGCCCUUAACAUAGUGUAAAUUAACAGAAAGCCAGUAACUGAGCAGCAAUGUAAAUCCAUAAAUUGAAGUUAUACAGUGUUGUUUUAUACAAUGAAAGUUUGAGGUUUUGAGUUUUUGGUUUCAUCACCUGCAAAAAUAUUUAGUAAUUAUUUGUUUGUGGGGUUUUGAAUCUUUUAAUAGCUGCAUCUCUGAAUGACGGUGUCUCUUUUGAUUUUCUUUUGCCUUUUUUUGUCCACUGCUUUCCUACAACAUAUUUUUCUGUAUUAUUGGAUAGUGUUAAUCGGUAUAUUUUCAUGACAUGCACAAAGUGCAUAAUGCUAACACACACACACACACAUCAGCUACUACACACACACCCACAGUUCACAUGCCCCUCCACCCUCACUGCAGUAAAUUGAUAUUUAAGCACGACAGGGAUGAGAUUAGGGCCAUAUUAAUGGGUGUUUGCGUGUUUCGGUGGUGUUUGGCAGAGCUGCCAGUCUGGCUUCAUCGUGGACAUCCAGUCAGUGUGUGUGUGAGUAUGUGAGUGUGCGUGUGUGUGUGUGAAGAGAUGCUGCUCACACUGCGCUGCUGCUGCUACUGCUGCUGCUGCAUCUCCUCUCUCUCUUUACACACACAUACACACACACACUCCUCUCAAGACUUCCAGCUGGCACAAACACACCCUCUGCGCACACACACACACACACAAAUUCCUCUCCACUACUGGAGAGAGAGAGAGAGAGCGAGGGAGAGAGAGUGGGGAGAGGGGAGGCAAGAGAGAGAGAGAAAGAGAGAGAGAGUUGGAGUAAGCUGAAGAGGGAGAGGGGUGAUGAAGCAGAAGCUUAGGGAGAGCUGAGGCGAGCGGAGGGAUAGAUGAGAGGAAGAAAAGUUUCUGAAGGAGGAGAAGAGAAGAAAGAGGGAUGAGGAGUAUACAGUAUGAGAAAACUGAGGAGAAGACUACAGGGGAUACUUCUACUGGGAGGAAGAGUGGAAUUAAAGACUCAAAUAAGGUAGGGGCUUAAAGAAACGAAGGAGUGCUUGUGAUGAGAUGAGAGGAAGAGAGAGGAUGAAAAGACAAAGUGAAGGACAUAAAGUUUAUUUUAGAAAUGAAGAAAAUGUCUCAACAAAGGCGAGCAUAGAGGGGGAGAAAUGGGCCACUUCAAGGACACACACACACAUGUGGGCACACACACGGAUGACAGAGAGGAUGCCUUAUCGGACAUGUAAGGACGAGGGACAGAUUUAGGGCUGUUUGCACAUGUAUUUAUGUUCUAGCUGUAUGAUUUUGUCUCUUUAAAUCAGUAAAGAGGUUUUUCUCGUAGCUGGUUUGAAGUCAAGUAUGAGGGGUCAAAGUUCAAGUUGUGAUAAACUUAGCUUUGUUAGCAGCGUGGUUGCAAAUGUUGUCUCUAGCGUUGUGAUGUUCCCUCUGCUGCCCUGUCUGGGAUCUGCUAGUACACCUGACACUGCACUGACUCUGCAUCAUUAUUUACUACCUCUUGAAAAAACUGCUUGCUUCCUUAUUCCCUAAAGAGUAACAGUAACUUAUAUAAUGGCUGACACUUGUUUUAAAGGUUAAAACUGUUCAGAGUUUUCUGGAAAAAUACACUAGAGCAGUGUUCAUUAUUACUACACCAGUAUGCUAUGUCAGGCUAGCUAGCAGAAUCGGUGUCAGGAAUGAGAAACAGCAUCAGAACAUCCUUGAUUCUCCUGAAAAUGUGUGAUUUAUUAUUUAUACUUUUUUCCAAUUUGUGUAUUCAGUGUAUAUCUGUGUCAAUCGAUAAUUUUAAAGCUAUAGUGGGAAGCAAAAUGAGAGAUUUUAAGCAUCUGCUGUUGGCUGUCCAGACUCUACUGCUCACUCUUCCAGUUGAUGAAGCUUCAUGGUGUCAAUGCACAGCAACCACUCUUCUUCUUCUUCUUCUUCUUCUUCUUCUUCUUCUCAUAUGUCCCUCUCUUAUGUAGACCUGAAACAAUCCAAUCCCAUCUGCCUUUAUUUAAAUAGCACAUUUUAAAAAACAUUCAAGUUUACCAAAGUGCUGCACAGUAAAAUUAAAAGAAACACUGCAGAAAACACUCAUUCUCAGUCCACAAAAACAAAAAUAUGUGAUUCUUCACCAACUUAAAUAUAAUGACAUAUACUUUAUAUUCAUUUUCUACCAAGUCUGUUCUGCUACACAUCCCUGAAUACUACAUACUGCACCUUUAAAAAGUGAAGAGUGUCAGUCAGAGUUUCUCUGCAGUGAUGUUUUGAUUGUCUUUCUCUUUUUUACUUGUCAGAUUUAGAUAAUCUAAGGUUAGGUUAUCUACAAUAACCAACCGACAAAAAGACAUUUUCUCCUCUUUCGUGACAGAUAUGAAAAACUCUCUGCUUCUCUUAGGCCCCUGGGGGCCCCUUGGGCAGGGUAAUUAACCCCCCUCUGCUGCAGUGGAGCUGCAGGGUGGCAGCAGCAGCAGCAGCAGCAGCAGCAGAAACAAUAGACUUUCUGUUUGGAUGUGUUAAAUUUAAUGAGAUUCAAAGUGUGUGUACAGGCUCAGCAACUUUUCACUGUGUACGAGUAAAACAGCUUAAGGAGUUCUAGACUGCAUUGGCUCUGACACACAGAUGCACUCAUCUGUGUCUGUAUGCAUGUAUGAGUGUAAACCUUUUCAGAUUUUUCUCCAGUGUGCUGCACAAAGCCAAAGUGCAUCAACUGCAUAAUGUUAACAUUGCAAAAUACCAUGUGUAUGUUACAACAGGGAAAAGAAGACAUAACACAAGGUUAAAAGGCCUGUAAACGUCGUGAUAAAGUGAAAGAGACCCAAAGAUGCAUCUAGUCAGAAACCUGCAGCUCUGCGUUAGCUACAAAUGACACAGAAAACACUGAUAAGGUGGUAAUUUGGUUCCUAGACAUUUCAAGCUGUAUUGCUCAUACAGACAUUUAUGUAUUACUCACACAUCUGCUAAAAUAUAUGUGAUUUAAAGGAUUAAAAUUGCCAAACACUCUUAAUGAACAUAGACUGAUAAUACAACUUAAAGCUCCUGUAAGGAACUUUCAGUUUGUGUCAGUUUUGGUGCCCCCGGUGGACACAGCGGUUGUUUAAGGAGACUAUUUUGUAGGGCUGGGAGAUAAACUGAAAAAUUUACAGAUACCAAAAUUUACGACAAUAACCAACGUCAUUUUGGCCAUGUCAAUAUAUUUGGUGUGAAAACAAUAAAUUGAUAAAUCAAAGUUGGUUUUUGAUGUGUGUAGGUAGGCUAUGGUCUCAUGUCCCUUUAAGACGCUGUCCUACAUCAGAGAUGUGACUGCACCCCAUCCAGUCUGUAACAAAGAGGGAAAGACAGGUGAGGAGAUGGAGGGCGGUUCAAAAGUUGUAGCGGCUGAAGUAGAUGUAAUGUGGGAGGGGGUGAGCAGCUUGUGGGGUAGUUAUCAUUCAUUUAUCGUUAUUGAGGUGAACUGCUCAAUAUAUUAUGAUAUUGAUUUUAGGCCAUAUUGCCCAGACCUACCACUCUGUGUUAAAAAAGUAAAAUCAGAUCUGUUUCUUCAGCUGCUGGGCUGACACCUACCCCCUCACACUCGUUUCAGACAUUGAAAAAUACGGUAUAAAAAUCCACAAUCCUGCCACUUAUUGGCUUGUUUACUUUUGGAUUGAUAAAACAGCAUUAAUAUGAAUUUCAGCCUUGUCACAAUUAUGUCUUUGUGUUUGGGGGAGUUCGCCCGAGUUGGUAAAAUAUUGUGGUUUUGGUUUCAAACAGACAAAUCUGCAGGUCUUAGUUAAAAAUAAAGCGUCUCUCCAUAUUUAACUGAAAACCCAUCUUUGCUAAAGUCUAAGUGCUUUUGAUGCCUCACCUCACGCAGGACUCAGGAUGCUUCGCUCGGUCUCUGGUGUGAAAGUCCUGCAUCCCUCCAGCCCUCCUCAUGACUUGAGUGGCUCCUAAAUGAGGCGCUUCGUAAAUAAAAGAUAAAAUAACGUUGCUCCUGAACAUUAUCCGGGCCUGGAUUACAUUUUCCAUCACAAUGUAAUUUGGAAAACAGUUCAGUUGUAUUGAAAUAUAAUUUUUAGGAGACAGGGUCGCAGUGCAGCUGAUGAAAACACUAAUUGACAUUUUUUUCCUCCAGAUUGUGUAGUCGCUUUCGCUGAUGGUCUGCAUUAAUGUCUCUGUAAAAAAAACACUUUCAGGAGAGGGUACGGGGACACAUACUGCAUGGGCUGUUUUUGCAUUUUUAUGAGGCAUAAUGAGGUGUGAGUUCUAAUAAAUCGGAGCAGCAGUGCAGGAUUCAGCAAGACACUGAGAAACCAAUCAUUUUUAACACUGUAGAGGGGUUUUCUGGGCACUGGAGCGAGACGCAUCCACAGAGCAGAGAGUAUUCCUGGUACAGGGGUUUGUAUGUGCACUCAGCUGUUAUAGUGUUUGGAAAGGUCGGUGUGGAGGUCAGGCAAUGAUGAAAGGCAAAAAAAGGGGAAAUCGCAGGGCAGGGGUGAAAUAACAGAAAAAUUCUGCAAAUUACCAGGCGCUAGGACAUUCUGUCAUUGCUCAGCAAGAAAAGUGCGUGUGCAGGUGUGAAUAAUAAAUCCACUGACGUCUGAAUUCAUUCCGGGUGUCAGGGUCCUCGCUGUGUCGCUCUCCUGCGGCUCAUUUGCGACACUUACGAAGAGCCAUUCUUAACUUGUAUGUGAUUUUGAAGUCAUAAUAUCUGCUGUGAAAACCUAUUAGCCGGCAGACGGCUGACCCGGGUCACAAGUGCAGGAAAAAUUAAAAUCGCACUGUUGCUAUGCCAACAGCAGUAUCAUGUGAUACACAAAAUUCUCAGGAGAAGAAAUGCCGUGAGAGGCACCGGUCAUGGAGGGCAGAAAUCGGCCCGGCACAGACGGUUCCAGAAGAUUAUGAGUGUGUUUACAGGACUGUGUCAAAAUGACCGCGUUAGUGAAUACAGUGAUUGGCUUGUUUUAAAUGUGAUAUCUGAAUAAGGUUAAAAGGUUAAUGAUCAGCUGAUGUGCACAGCUUCUGUUGGAGUGAGCAACAAGUGUCUCUGAAUUUUUAAAAAUCUUGUCAUAGUAGCCAAACCUUAAGAAAACUGUCUUCAAAGAGGAUUUAAGCCAAUCUGAUGUUAUGGGCAAAUUAAAAUCCAAAUGUUUUCGGGGUCUGCGUGAUUCAGUGACACUAGUAUUUACAAAGGUUUCAGGUAUAGAAGUGCAUUAACUCAGCAUCACUGUGAUUGAAGCGACAGUGGUUAUGGUGUUCACAAACAGUAAAAGCCAUUGUCCACGUAGAUUCUCAUUCAUCCAGGUCAUGGUUUUUCUUGAAAUCUCCAAAACCCGGCAACUGGACUGUGUAGAGUUGAGAAGACGUUUUGCUGAGCUCCCACAAAGAGCUAGUGGGUGGAGCUGGUAUUUUAUCUUACUGGAGGAGGGGAAAACAACGACUGGGAGGAGUUGGAAUGAAUGGGUCGUAGAAACCCAUCACCGGGUGAAUAUCCUGAUUAUCCCCACUUGCUCUUUUAGAAUCAAAGAAGCUUCUUGGAUAAGUGUUGAAACGUCUUCUUAACUCUAAACAGUCCAGCUGCUGGAUUUUGGAGAUUUCAAGAAAAGUAAAAGCCAUUGUUUUACCACUGGAGCACUUUUCAUUUAAAGUAAAAGGAAUUUUAGUUUGCAUUGGGAACCUAAAAAACAGUCUAAACAAAAAAUGAAUAAACAAAUUGUUGCUCUGCUGCCAUUGCCUGGACUGCAGGACAGGAUCCUCUAUCAAAAUGCUGUCCACAGAUUUAUCUAAACAAAGAUAACUCAUUUUUUGAUGCUAAUGGAGACUCAAAUUUUGACAGAGGUGAAAUAAGUCAGACUUCUUUCCACAGUUUGGUAUGAUGGAGUAAUUUCUCGUCUAUUCAGAUACUUACUGUUGCUAUAGGGGUUGUUGACCCAUCAGAGUUAAGAUUUAAAACAGCCUGGUGAUCAGUGAGAAAGCCGGGGAAUAAACAGAGGUUACAACUGAGAAAUACAGUUAACUGUCAUGACCAAAAGUGCAGAAUUAGGACCAUAGAGCCAAAAGGGUCAAGAUUAAACUACAGCUUUAAAAACCUUUGUGAAUAUAAAUCAAUAGUAAAGAAUUAUUCAGGGAUGUUAGGACAUUUUAUGCAGAUAGUGUCAGUUAUGGGAUAAAUAGCAGCAGGGCCAUAUAAACUGUGAUAUAAUAAUUAAAAAUGUUGAUAAAUUGAGUUAAAUUCAAGGGUUUGUUUCCAACAUAUGGCCUUUUGCUGUCAUUCCCACUCUCUCUCCCUGCUAAACUAUUCUCUCCUUGCAUCUGAGUCACACUGCUACAGAAAAUAAAGUAAUAGUAAAGUCAUAAUAUCAUGAGAGUAAAGUCAGGGAAGAAGAAUAAAGAGGUGAUAAAGUCGUAGUUCUGGUUUACAGCCAGCUGCCUGUGUCAAAAUGAGGAAUAUUGAGCGUCUGGUUAAAUCGUCUCUGAUGUUUUUGCUCCUCAGCACCACAUCUGUGAAGUAUCAGGACUCUGAAAAGACUGAGUGAAAACCUGAGACUGUUGGCAUCCUUCUUCAAAACACGUUUACUUUAUCGUACUUUUCGUUGUUGGGACUAAAACUCAGAUUCACAGUGAUGCUUUAUAAGUAAGAUCCUCCAUUUUUGAAGUUUUUACGAUCAAAAACUGAUCUCACUCUGUCUCACCAGCCACUCAGUCACUCAGUUUGUCUCUUCUGAGCUUUAUGAUGUGAAAUGACUUCCUCUAAGUCAUCAGAAAUGAACGAUUACUAUAUUCCAUCAUGUAUCUCGGCAUAACACAUUCAUUUAUUUGGAAAAAUGCGGCUAAAUUCAACAUAACGUACCUUUAACUCUGUUUCCAUUCCUGCCGAUAGAAUCGAUCUUGCAUGUUUUUGAUAACAAGGCACAAAAGGAGAUGAAAUGACAGAUUUGCAUGAAUUCAAACAGCAAUAUGAAUACUGAGAGCAGUGUCCUCCCCCUGGUGGUUAACAGUGAAGAAGCUUCUGCAACUAAAUAGCAGUGUGAUAAAGCCCUGCUGUCACUAAACCUGUGUGCUUUUGGAUUUGACAUUGCAUUACAGCAUCGAGGAGCAUUAACUUGUUGUGUUUUUGUCACACUCCAACAAAUGAGCUCCUCUUGAUCCCUAUUAGUAUGCACCUCCUUGUACUUCCCAUUAAAGAGCAGGUGUAACAUAACAGAGGCCUACCUGUCCUGCCUUAAACAUGCAUUUCAAAAAAGAGACCAAGCUAGACAGCACACAGUAAAGCGAUGGUAUUCCUGCAUUCAGCAGUGUUGUCCAGCUUUAUGUGUUUCUCAAAUUACGAUGACAAUCUGAUGGAAACUGAUGACUUCAAUGAAAACACAACAAAGCCUGUUUCUGCUCUUUAUACGUUCUCAUCACUUUUUAUGCCGGCCUGUAAACGUUACUGGAGUUUUCUUUGUUUGAGAUACAGAUGAAAUGAGAGAAGAGAGAGAGAGAAAGAGAUGAAAGUGAUACAAGGAGACAGAGCAGAGAGGGCUGUCCUGAGAGGAGGAAGAGAAACACUGAUGGAUGGAUAGAUAGAUAGAUAAGAAGAUCCGGGCAUGGAAAGAGUGCUCCCUCCUUGUGGCUGCUGCAGUGCUGUGCAGGGAGCCGAUUCAUCACGACCAAAAAACAGAGAGAGAGAGAGAGAGAGAGAGGAAGGGAAACAGAGAGGGAGAAAGGUAGAACGCAUACACCAGCGUCAGCAUGCAGUCCGUCAUCCUCCGCCCCCUCUUUCCUCGACCUAUCACUCUCUACUUAACACACACACUCUCUCAAACACACACUCAUACAGUGGAGAAAUGUGUAGCUAAGGUUGCUGUACAUAUUGGUUUUGUGUGUGUAUUUUGUACUGUAUGUGUCGAUGCGAGUGUGUGUCUGCAUGUGUGGUCCUGUGCUUCAGAUCUGAGUGGAAGCCUCAGGGACCGUGUUGUGUCAAUAUUAUCUUUCGGCAUGCUGGAUGGAUGUACUAAAGGCUCUUUCCUCUAAUUAUGCACCAGAGAGAGAAAGGACAGUAAGAGGUCUACCUCCACACAGCACUUCUCCACUACUUUUCAGGACUUUCUCCUCCUUUUCUUUGGGCUCUGUGCCGGAUGCUUUUUUCUGUCCCGCUGAAUCUCUCUGCCUUUUCUCUCGUUUGUAGCUGAAAAUAUACAAAGUGGAAAACACACUCAGCAGGAGCUGCUGGGAAAAAACAAUUAGCUCCAAAUGGCUGGAAAGCACACAAAGCUGUGGAAAGCUGAUUCUCUGCAACCUUCUGACAACGGAGGAAGUCUUCAGAUCCAAAUUUAGGGAAACAAAUAUAUCCUGCACUUAUUGGCACUAUGGGAAAAUCUAUGCAUUUGCAGAUUUUGAAACAGGAGUUACUUUUACAAGUGUUUUAUCAAACCCAAUACAUCACAUAUGUUUGCUUAAGUGUCUAGCCCAAAGAAACUUCAGCCUGUGGACACCCCUGGGAUCAAACCCCUGACACCAGCCGUGUUUACAUGUACAAAAUUUCUUGAUUCGACCAAAAAUUUGAGGGAUCGGAUAAUCUGAAUCCAUUGUUUAUAUGGGUGCAAAGUCAAGUAAUCCGAUCAUGACAUGCGUAUAUGCACCAAGCUUUAUUCAGACAUGCACAGAGUUGUCUAAUUUCGCUAAAACAAUUGCAGAAGAAGAGUUGUAUUUACGCCUGUGCUGUCAACUAACGUGUCAGUGGCUCACUCCAUCCAAUCCUAGAGUUUUCCCCUGUUAAAUGUUGUAACUAGAUGGUGCCCUUGCGUACUUAUUCUACUGUUCUGGCAAAAGUUGCACCGUGUGUGCAGAUGUGACAUCAUUACGUUGUAUGUACGCCUUGUUAUGUUAUCGGAGGCGAUAUUUUUUUUUGUAGGUUGGUAGGGGAAUGUCCCGCCUCCUUCGCCCCUGAUUGGCUGUGAAACGUCAUCACACGCUCAAGCCGAGCGCGGGCUGUCGGCUCUGUACAUCGAACAGAUAAUUACAGAACAUUAUCGCAAUUCUGAAUCCCCUAACCCCAACCUGACAGAGGAUGACGUUUCACAGCCAAAAGGAAUAACAGAUCGGAACUCAGCACUUAUAACCAAUCAGAGGCGAAGGAGGCGGAACCUUCACCCACCAUCCUACGAAAAAACAAUAUUGCUUGCUGGAGGAGCAGACACGGCACCUGCAGAGUGUUAAUAAUGAAACCACCUGUACAGGCCUUAAUAAAUAAACUAGAGCUAAAGAGUGGAGAUCGAGUCAGGUAAGAGAGUCACGAUCGGAAUAAGUGUUUACAUGGACGCGUUUCAGAAUUACAAUCGGUAUAAACCACCCCUCUUGAUCAGACUACAAUUUCUCUCCGAUUGAGCCAAAUCGGAUCAGAAUUUGCCGAUUGACAUAUUUUACAUGACGCAUUUUUAUUCCGAUCAAAACUCUACCACUGAGCCACAGCCGCCCCUAGAAAGUAAUAAACCAGAAGUUACUGUGUUUAUUUUGCUGACGUAUCUCGAGGGCUGAAUGUUGUUUUACUUUUAUUUUUUUUAAGUUUACUGUUGAGCUUUUACACCAUCAUUAAGAGGGUGAGACACAAGACAGAGUAAAAAAAAAACAGUGUGGAACGACAUGCAGCAAAGUUCUGCAGGCUAGAAUCCAACCCAACAACUCCAGCCCCUGCACAUCCAUCCUGUUAAAUGUUUGAUCUGGACACAUGUUCACAUCUCGAGUUGCACUGAGAGAAGACUUGGCCGAAGGUUGUGUUCAGCUAACUUGAACCAGAAUGCUUGAAAAGCUCUCUGUCCGUCCCAGAACAGGAACAGCGUAUCCUCAUUAGAUAAUAGCUGGUCGAGUACGAGAUUGGUGAAAAUAAAAAGAUCAAUAAAGACAGAUCUCUACCCGUUCAGACACAAAGUAACAUGGAUGAGGUUUCCAUGGCAAUACCUGUGGGGUGAUGCGAAGUGAAGAGGUAGCAGAGGGGUCUCUACCUGCUGCAGUCUGAGUGUUUUACCCUUUGAAAUGAAAAUAUCACUGAGCAACUUUGAUUUAUUUUUCAGCCCAGCAUGUUUCUGAAGGAAAGCAGCAGUUUGGCCGUGGUUUCACCUACAUGCUCUCCUGUGUAGAUGUGAUUUAUUGUGAUUAUUUGGUAAUGUGGAGAUCUGUGAAAACCCGAAUCACUGUAAUAUUUUGUUACCCUCCUUGUUUCCACCCUCCCAACCAUGAAACAUCAUCUUAAUAACGUGCCCUUCUGAAUCUUUCCACCAUUUUCUCCGUCAGUCACUGUUUCUGAUUGCUGUACCAGAAAGCAUGAUGUGUUACUAUGGCAACAGUCCAUAAAAACAAAAAAAACUUAGCACAGCUGCACAGUUAGUAAAACCUGUAUUAAAAGCUCCCAUGAGGAGUUUUUUGGUGUUUAUUAAAUGGACUGAAAGUCACAGUGAGUCCUUUUUAUGACAAGUCCAUUAGCACACAACUAAAGCUUCAUCUUCUUCGUAUUUGAGACUCAAACUCUUUCCGUCAACAACCUUUUUUUUUUUUCACGUUCAACCUGCAGUUACCCGUGAAAUUAUUUAACAUUACGUAACGCUAAAACUUUUUGUGCCUAUCAUUCAUUUGGACCCAAAACAAAUCAAAACCGGUCCCAGGUUUAAAAAUACCGGAAAUUCCUCUUUAAAGUAGGUCCUGGAAAUGUCCCUGUUCUCUGCCAGACACAGCAGAUGACAGCUCAAACACGGAGCUGAAACCCAUUUAAAAACAACCUGCUCAGCGAGGGAUGAGAAGAAGAAUGGGCAAAUGAAGAAAGGAACAAAUCAAGUAAAAAAGACGGGAAAACAGGCCUGAGGUCUGCCGGGACCGGAGGGAAAAAAUAUUUAUACGGAUAAAUAAAAAACACAGUAUAUCCCCUUUAAAUCUCAGAAGUUGAUCCAGUUGCUUGAGCUAUUUUUGUGUGUUUGUGUUUUGUCUCUCAGGUACUGUGGCAUCUCGACAUCUUCCGCAGAAGCUUCCGGCAGCUCACCACACACAAGUGUAUGGAAGACUCGUGUAUCUUCUGCGCUCUGAAGGUAAACAUAAAACCUCGCCUCUGUCCUUUAAUGACUCGCACAUUUCUUGACAGCGCCGUGACGCCGUUUUUUUCACCAAGUUUUACUGAAGGAGGAACUGUUUUCUGUUUCACUGCUUUUCUCUGCGGACAUGGUGCUUAACUUUCUGACCACCAAUCCAUCCUUUAGUUUUUCCCAUUUGUUCCCUUUCUUUCUCCCCUUCAAGACAGAAACCAGCCCCAGUAUUUCUCCUCUUGCUUUAUUUCCUCACUGCUGCAACAGCUUUGACCCUUCAAGUUUUUCAAACUCAAAUCUUUCCUGACUUUUCUGUGUGGUGAGCAAAAGUAGCAAAAUCACAAUCACUUGAAAGACUCUUAGAAAUUUAUUUUUCUCUUUCUUCCUCCCUCUAUGAUUCUUAAAAAAAUCAUUUUCCCUUUCAUACCCUCACUAAUUGCCUCUACUUUCCCUCCUAGCUGAGUAAGAGAAUGAAUAAAACCCAUAAUGUGAUCCUGAUUGCUCUGUACUCCAUGGCAACAGUCAUUUAUUUCUUGACAGCACACUGUUGCUAUGGCUACAGCUCUAAUCACAGCCUCUAGCCGCCUAACUACUCAUUUUAAUUCACGGAAAGACGUCUGCUUAGUUAGGUUACAGUGGGAGUAACAAAGACACAAAAUCAGUAAAGAAAAGAUGAAGAGUUUAAAGACACAAAAACUUUGACGGAGAAAUCUACAAAAAAAUGAAAGAAGUUUGAAGAUUUGGAGAUGUUUGAUGGCUGAUAAAACGGAAAAGAAAAUGUCACAGACUCUGAAAAGACAGGAAAGGGGAUGGCCCACUGCAAAGGAUCAUGGGUGGGAUUGGGAUCCUGGCUGUCUAUUUCAACAACUUUAGACGAAUCCGUUUUUAGCCGCCUUAUGAUGCAGUCUUUACUGCCAUGGCAACUUGGUGUCUCAGAUGUACCUGAAACUUCACAAGUUGUAUUUAUCAACCGAUCAAUGAGUCAAGGAAUUAAUCAGAUCAUUAGCUGUGAUAGCAUUAGCUUUGAAAUAGUGAUGAUAAUGGAGCGACUGAUGCUAAUAGAUAAACGUUAGCUCUGUGAAAUUGUUAAAAGUGGUGGGACUGAUGCAUGUAGAUGGAAACAGGCAGCUCUGCAGCAGCGAUCCAGAGGAAGGUACAGGAUGAGGGAGCUCAGAGACUCCCAGAAAAGACUGUAUUAGUGCUUUAAAAGGACAUGAUGAUUCAAAGUCAGUGACACUGACAGAUAAGGGAUAGAAAAGGAAAGAGGGGUGCUCAGUGUGCUAGUUUCCCCUGCAGUCUAAGCCUAUAGCAGCAUACCUAACUGUCUCCACACUCCGAGCUCACAAAAUCAUUCGCGCUGUUGAAUUACAUGUUAAGCCAACGUAACAACGUGAUUAGAUGCUCCCACUACUCUGGUGGCGCGAAUGACGCUAAAAAUCUAAAAUGGAGGACAAACGUUGGAUCAUGUUGGUGUGUUGGUACCCCGAAUCAUAUGAUACCUUUUCUUUCAAUUACCGAAACUGGAAUAAAAAGGAGCUCACCUGGAGGCAAGUGGGCGAGGAGGUGGGAUUACCUGGUAAAUUGUAAAAAAACCCUUUGUAUCAUUUUAUCCCGCCAGUUGAAUUUGCAGGGAUAACUGUUGAAAUUACCGUUGACGCGCAAACAAAGCCAGUAAAUACUAUUCAUUCACACGCCAAUAAAGCGAGUAGAUGAUUUUACUCGCGCUUGGUGUGAAAGCCCCAUAAGUGCUUGCCCAAGCCUGAUCCUGAACCAGGGCAGGUCUUAGUUGUUAUGUACACAGUAGAGGUAAAUAGAAAAUGGAUCACUUCUUGAACAGUCUGCAUUAAAAAGUUUGAUAUGCCGCUGCAGUACUGGCAGCUUUUUAACUCUUGGUGGUUCAUGCAUUGGUCUGUAGCUUCAGUACAUGGGGCGCAUGAUUUAACCUUUAAGCUAACCUGCCCCCUGCUAUUAUUAUCUUUAGUAUCUUUGUUUGUCUCUUGUCACUCCCCCUUCAAAGCUGAACUUUUACCUUUACCUUCUUUACCAUCAUUGUCGUCUUCCAGUUUUUUUUAACACUGCUGUACCAGAGCUAACCAGGUGAAAUGCAGGAGGUAGUUUUUCCAAGUAAAGAUCUCUCUGUGAAUGAGAAACAGCACAUUAAAUCUCUUUCUAACUCAGCUUCAGUUGGGUCUCCGUUGUGUUCCAGCAUCUGCAGAAAAAAAAAAAAAAGAAAAAGAAACCAAACAGGAGCUGAAGAUCCGCACCGCCGUGAAUCCCUCAUAAUGAACGGGACUUAUGCAGCUCUGCUCGAACCAUUUGUUGCAUGGAUGAUGACAAAUAUGUGUCUGAGCGGAGGGAAGUGUUGUGUGUAAUGUGCUUUAGUGUAGUGGUGUGUGUGUGUGUGUGAGUGUGUGCCAGUGUCGAUGUGUGUGUUCUACACGCUGUUCUGUCUCCUGCGCUUCCCUGUAAUUAAUUGGCUGACUGAAAGCGCUGAGCUAGCAGAGCCCACGCUGGGAUGCUACACACACACACACACACACGCACACACACACACACCUACGCAUGCAUACAAAUCUUACUUGCAUGCUGCACACGUUAGGCUGUUACACACACAUGCACCUUGAGAUGCUCGCAAAUCUUUCAUAGCAUGCUGGGAUGCUCCAGACACACACUUAGACACACACUAUGGGCUCGUGGUUGUGUUGUGUUGUGAGUCAGGCGUAGGCGUACAAAUCAAAGGUAUUGUCGCUGUGUUAAGUGUUCACAUUCUGCUGUCAGUUUUCAUUAAGCGUCCUGUCACCGCCUCUCCUUUUGUCAGAAACCAACAGAUGUAAUGUCGUUCUUACGGCGUGUUUGUAGCCGUGGUCCCCGCGGCAACAGAGAUAAAAGUCUUUGAAUAACUGAGCGAGACAGGCACCGAAUGAACUUUAACAGCGUUCGGGAAACAUCCAUUUUAGAGCAGCAAAGAUAAGUGAUGAUUAUUGGUGCUUUUAUUUUGAAAGGGGCCGCGAGUGAGUUUUUUUGUUUAAUUGCAGCAGAUAAAGACGCUCGCCCUUGUAGUAAACAUAAGUUCAGAGGAUGCCUGUGGCUAACCCCUUAGAAAUCACUGCAACACUUUAUCUCUCUCAACAGCACUCACACACACACGCAAACACACACAUACACACACACCUAGACACACACACACACAGGACAGGACCAGGUGGAGAGAUGGGAAGAAAGCGGCGGGGAAGGAACCAGAAAGACGAAUGAUUGUGGAAGUAGUUGUGGAUUGUUUCUCCUUUUGUGCUCAGACCAGUCCUCUUACACACACACACACUUGACACACACACACACACACACGCACGCACGCACACACACACACUCCUCUCUUACUCACUCUGCCUCAUCCCUCCCCGUUCUCCUCCCCAUUUCUUCCUCCUCUCCUCCCUCCCUCCCGUCUUCUCUCUGUAGGGUAUAUUCCCCCUCCAUUCUCCUUGGCGCAUUGCUGCAGUCAGCACAGCCACCAUAACACACACACACACUCGCACACACACACUCACACAAAACCAAAAGACACACACUCAAAAAGACACACACACACACUCUCUAUUGCUCGUACAGUGCCUUUUUCCUAUUCUCUUUUUCUCUGUUUCCUUCUCUCAUCAUCUCCCUCUCUCUCUCUCUCUCUCACUCACUCACACACACACACACACACACACACACACACACACACACACACACACACACACACACACUGUACCCCCAUCAGUAGGACUGCAUUACCUUCCCCAUUGCCAGCUCUCAGCCACAGACUCUCACACUGAGGCCUAUUGUUUUAUAAUGUUUCCACUCGAUAUGAUCGCAGCCGUUUAUUACUCCAAAAUGUUAAAUAUUAGAUCUUAAUGAUCAAAUAUGAAAAAUAAAACUGCGUGACACAGUCGGGAAUCAGACGAGAGGAACUUUCAAGAAGACUGUUGUUAUUAUCAGCACUCUUUAACUUGGCGUGAACUCUGUGUCAUAUUUGGAGGCAGAGGUUCGAUAAAGGCAGACACAACAGGUGCUUUUAUACAAAGCUGCUCAUGUGUGCCUGUCGAAUAUUUGAUUAUGUGACAUCCUGACUGUACAUUGACAAAAUUUGUUAAAUGUACUUUAAGUAAAAAAAAAAAAUCUGAUGAAUUAAAGGAUUAAAGAGUAAGUGGAGGGAUGAAUGUAGACAGAUAGGAUCGGAUUAAGGAUGGACAGGAGAGCGGAUGCAUGAGUCGGUGGAUCAAUAGAUGGGUGUGUGGAUGCAUAGACUGAUGCAUGGAGGGAUGGAUGGAGAGAUGAAUGGAUGAGAGGAUGAAAAGGAGGACAGAUUAAAUGGGUGGAUGCAAAGAUGGAUGGGUGAAUAAAUAGACGAGUGGGUGGAAGGUGGAUGAAUAGGUGAAUACAUCAGGGGGAUGCGCAGAUGGAUGGAUGGAUGGAUCAGUGGGUGGAUGGACUGAUUGAUGACAGAGUGUACAGACGGAUGGAUGGAUGUUAGAUGAAUAGUGGAAGGGGUGGAUUUAGUGAAAGGAUGGAUGUAUAGAUUGACAAGUGGGUGAGUGAAUGAAUGAAUGAAUGAAUAAGUAAUUGUAUAAAUAAAUGAAUGCAUCGAUAGAUAGAUAGAUAGAUAGAUAGAUAGAUAGAUCAAUGGAGUAUUGUAUGAAUGGACAGAUUAAUAUAUGGAUGAUAAAUUGGUAAAUGGAUUAAGGAUGGAUGGAAAAUUGGAUAAAUGCACUGAUAAGAUAGAUGGAUUAAUGAAUGGAUGAUGGAAAAUUGUAUGAAUGGAUGAUAGAUGGAUGGAUGGAUGAUGGAAAAUUGGAAGAAUGGACGGAGAAGAUGGGUGGAUUAAUGAAUGCAUAAUGGAUUGGUGAACGGAUGAUAGAUGGAUGGAUGGGCAGACCUGACAGAUGAAUGUAGAGAAUGGAAGGAUGGAUGGAUGGAUAUAUGGAUGGACAGAUGGACCGAUGGAUGGAUGGAUGGAUGGAAAAUUGGAUGAAUGAACAGAUUUAUGAAUGGAUGAUGAAUUGGUGAAUGGAUGAUAAAUGGUUUGAUGGAUGAUGGUAGAAAAUUGGAUGAAUGGAUGGAUAAGGUGGAUGGAUUAAUGAAUGCAUGAUGGAUUGAUGAAUGGAUGAUAGCUGGAUGGAUGGGCAGACCUGACAGAUGAAUGUAGAGAAUGGAAGGAUGGAUGUAUGUAUGGAUGGAUGGAUGGAUGGAUGGAUGGACACCUUGACUGACACUCUUCAGAUCAGCAGCCUCUUUGUUUUGCUCUUUUCUGUCCUCUUAAUUGUCAAACUGUGUUUUUAAAUAAAGUUAUAGUUAUUAUUUCACGGUUCUGAAACAGAGACGAACUUUCCUUUAACUUUGAGCUGCUUGUUUAAAAAAAGAGAAGAAACCAUUAAAGCUUUCGUGCUGCUUGUAUUGGUUUUAAGUAUUGUAAAGAGUUAUAAGUGACAAAAAGUUACUCAAGUAAUAACCCCAAACUUUUCAUUUUAUUCACUCUGUUACUGUUUGAAAUGUUGGUCAAAGACAGCCAAUAAAAAUGGUAACUCUAACUCUGAGGAGAGGCCUUUUUUUAAGUAUGGAUACGAGCAGAUAACAAGUGUCUUGGGGAACUCUGCUGUACCUCCUCGCUGACAGUCAGUUCUGUGAACUGGGGGCACCUGAUGGUUUUUAGUCCAGCCGUCUAGUAAGAGACUGAAUCACCACUGGAGCAGAAAUGCACCAGAACAACAAAAAAUGCAGACGUAUCACUGUCCUGUGUGUUCGUCCGAUCUGGGCUGUUUGCACAAGAGUCAAAAAUAGUUUCUUUCUUUUUUUUUUUUUUUUUUUGUAAGACAGAGGAGUCUCACUGAUGAAAAAGGAGGUCAUUUUUGUCCUUUGGCGACGUGGAGAGAGUAUCCCUGCUUUUAUCUCCCCCUCUCAGAUGUCUGCAGCUCAGUCAGGAGUCACUUUAAUGGCCUCUGCUUGAACUGAAUGCAACUUUUGGUACUCAUGUCUGGACUUAAAUUAUGCAUUUUAAGACCGUGUCUUCUACCAGUGCUAAUACUGCUACUAUUCCCAGUACUGUUCCUACAAGUGCUGCUAAUGCAAGUCUCAUUACUAUGAAUGAGAAAUCUAAUAGAAAGUACUCAGAGAGGAUAAAGAGUUAAACAAACCAAAACACUUUCCCCAAAUUUUCUAUCUAUGAUUAAUAUUUCCCCCAUAAUCUACUCGUGAUUGUGGAUUUUAACUUUUAAAAUGAGGGAUUUGAGAUUUUUAACAUGAGUUCUGAUGACAGGAGCUACAUUUUACUCCUCCUUAAACAAUGAUGAUGGAGAAUUACCAAGUCCAGGCCCGGUGCUUCAAAAUAUGAUAUAAAAGCAACGCCACCCUGCUCUGGAUGUUUUGCAAAAGUGUCAUAAAAGCAGAAUCAACAUGUGUUCAAAACAGAUCAAACAUACACAGAUGAAAGGAUAAAAAACUAAAAUGUCAAAAACAAAAUGAAAUUGCUUGACAAAAAGAAAGACAACUACCUUUUAUUGUGUGUUCAAAAAAACAAAUUCGAUAAAAUAAAAUUAUGAGGAGGAUUUCCUUCGUUUUCGUCUUUUUCUCACAGAAACACACACCCUGGAGCAACGCCAGGACUCGGAUUUUAGUCCGAUCUCUUUCCAGCAGAACUUGAUCCUUCUUUUCUUUAUUAUUCUGUGUUAUACAGGCUACUUGAGGUCUUUCUCUGACACAUUUACGAUACUGAGACAACUUCUUUUCCACUUUCUGACUACUAAUAUUCUGACUGACACACAAGUAAAGCAUGCUGCUCCUCUUCAUAUAUCGGCCUGUUCAUAUUUUGCCAUAGACAGUGAGGAAAAAUACAUUUUUGGGACUCAGUUGUUCCUGAUCUGUCAGAGAAAAUCCCUUUUUUUUUAAAUAAUCUGAAUGGAUUUGCCUCAUUUGUUUAUAUUGAUGGCACCGAGAGAGACAUUGCUGAUUAGUGAUCCACAUGGACACACACCCUGACAAGUUGUCUAACUUUUACCUGUGAGUUGAGACCCUGAUUUUCACUGUAGUCCUCUUUAAUCCAUCAGCAGAGUCCCCUGUUAGGCGUGCGUUCAUCUGUUACUAAAAUACCAUACUCAGGGUGCUAACAAGCAGGGGCGUGUCUAGACUUUUUUUUACUGGGGUGGCCCAACCCUGACACUGGCACUGCUGUGUGAGCCUACACGCCAAUAAACAGCAUUUAUUAUGAUUUUUAGGGGAUCAAUCAGUCAAUCUUCAUUUUUAUGGCACUGAUUCACAGCAAAUGUUAGUUUCUGAUGUCUUUAUUUUGUAAACAAAAGAGGAUGUUCCUUAUUAAUUACCGCUCGCACACACAAGAGGAGUACCUGCGCGCAGAGUCUGAAGCAUAUGGCCGUCAACAGAGCAGCUGUAUGUAAAGAGUUUUGACUGAAAAUCUGUCAAACAGAGUUGAUUAAUGAUGUUAUUUGAAUAUAACUCAUCAAAUUCACGAACAGGUGUUUUGGAAUAUGAGCCAUCCUGUUAGAGAAGAGCCGAGCCGAGCGAUCCUCCUCUGAACGCUGCCCUGGAAACACACUUCACUGGCCUAUCUUUCUCUCCGACCGACCCCUCCCCGCAACAGUUUGAUUCUGCUUCUGUUUUACCACUAUAAAGCACUAUGAGUGCUGUUUUUGUCGAAGAAAAGUGCACCACUAACGCCAUUUAUUAUUGAUACGCUCUGAUAUUGAGGCCGGCAGCGCUGCGAGGCUCGGCCGCGGCGUUUGUUGUAGACCAGCACUUUGGUUCCUGGUACACUUACAACUAGUUCCACUUUGUGUGUGUGUUUUAUGGGUCAGUUGAGAGAACAUGAUGCUGAUUUACGGCUUUUAGAGGCUUUUCUUUCACUCUGAGGGGGAAUGGAGUCAUCCAUACACACACACUCACAUUAAUGUAAAUGUGCGUGCACGGACAGUGUGGGUUUACACUCCAAGAAUACACAAGUAAAACAUUUACGACACGGUGUAUAUUUGCAGCAUUGAUAUAUAGAAUUAAUGGAUUUCUGUGUGUGUGUCUCUGUGUGUGUGUGUGUGUGUGUGUGUGUGUGUGUGUUUUCAGAGUAUCUUUGCUCAGUUCCAGUUCAGCAGUGAACGUGUGCUGCCAUCAGAUGCACUGCGGAGCGCCCUCGCCAAGACUUUCCAAGACGAACAACGCUUUCAGCUGGGUAUCAUGGACGACGCUGCAGAGUGCUUCGUAAGUAUGAGACACAACACGGUCACACAAACACACACUCAUACACACACACACACUCUCUUACUGGAGAAGCUGAAGACUUGCCUGAAGGUUUAACUGUGUGGGUGUCUGAGUCAGACAUCUUCAGGGAGCGGAGAUAUCCAACACCGCAGCCUUGACAGAAACUUUCUCUUAAGUGUGUAAUCUUGAACUUCUCCUUUCUGUGUUUGUGAGGCUGCAAUCAUCUUUUUUUUCCAUUUCUCAGUUUAAUAUUUUGAAGUAAAACUUGAUUUGUACCUUCAAACUAAUAGAAAACACAGGCCUUUUUUUUUUUACCACCUUAUUGUUGCUUUAAAGGGAUAUGCCACACAUUUCUUUUUGCACAGUCUUCACAGUCCUGAUACUUUUAAUAAUGAGGUGCCAGAAAUUAAAAGUGCAAUUCAGUAAGAGGCUCCAUGUUCCUCAUUUUGGCUCAGACAGCUGGCUGCUCACUUAAAACCAAAACAGCAACUUUAUCACGACUUUAUUUCCGUAAAAUAAUGAUUUUAUUCUCCUAAUACUGGGAUUUUUUUAUGAGUUUAAUGUGGCCCUAAUACUCCCGUGUGCGUUCUUAUAUAAUGCAGAAUGAUAAAUAUGUUCAUAUGAGCAUUUAAAGGUGUUUUAGAUCCUAUUAUUAUUUCAAAAUGGAGUCAAAUCAAGUAUUUGGGAGGAUACCUAAUUCCCAUUUCUCCCAUAAUUCCUUAAACUUGAUUUUUUCUUUGAAUUUUCUAAAUCACAUCAUACCACUCUUCUUUAACUGACUCUGCACCUGGUUCCUGCUCACCUAAUUGGACCUCUAAUAAGCUUAGCCACCUGUUCAUUGUACUUUACCCAGAGGAUUUCCUGUACCAGCUAACGAACGCUACAAACAACCUAAAAUGAAAUAUUGUCAUCUUUCUUUCUCCUGAGGGCUUUACAAUUAAACACAAAUAAGGAAAAUGUCACAGCUUUCAUUGUCGUUGUUAACUUUAGCUUGUACUUCUGCAGCUUAGAGAUGCACUCACCACCUCUGCUGCUGUGGCAUGGAUUGCAGGACAGGAUCCUUCUGUCGUACACAGCGACUGUUCUUAUGUCUGUUUAUUGAGUUUUGACCAAUCAGAAUUGACCUUUCACACAGUUGAGGCAUUAUUUUGACUACUUCUUACUUUACUGCUUUUCUCAUUAUUCAGUUUCAGUUUUAAACAUCUUAGUUUGAACGUUUGACGCCAACAAAAAGUGUGUUUAAAGGUUUUCACGCAGAUUGAGUCAACUUACAGACAUAAAAUAGCAAAGGACGUUUGUAAAUAAAGACGUUUUGUGUUAAUUUAAAGUUCUGCUAUAAUAAAAUCUGUGAAAACACCAAAUAAAAAUAAUAUUUCCUUAUGUUAUCAGCUUAUGUGACACUAAAGUGGUGAAAGUGAACAUUUCGCAGCAGAGCUAGUUUAGUCGGGCCUAUCUGGCUAAUUAAAUUGAUUUAGUUUUAGUUUUUAUGUGUCUUAAUGUGAUCGGGUACAAUGUUGAAUUUUAUCAAGGUUUGUAAAAAGUGUCGGAGUUUUACAACACAAUCUGGUCGCACUCUUUCUAAAAUUCAGCCGGAAGGCAGUCACGACGUUCCUCAUCUACAGUGACUCAUAUUGCAGGUUAAUGAUUUGAAAACAUUGCUCAGCUCUGCUGCGCCGUACGGACUCUUUAUUGCUGUAUUGCAGAAAAAAAACUCCGACAGUAAUACUCUUCUCUCUGCUCUUAAAUCAAAUAAUACUUGGAAUUUGCCUCCUCAGACGCAAACAUCUUCGCAUAAGUUGGUUUUCAACUUUGAGAGUGUUGCACUUUGAAAUCCUGACCGUCUCGGUUUAAAAUGAACUUUAUUAAUUAUUGAAGGAGAAAAUUGAGAAAGAAAAUGUCAUUAGUCAAAGGUUUUAUUAUUGUAAUGUCCUUACACGUCUUCAUUAUCCUCUCUGCAGAGCUUCCUGUUGCUUUCUCACCUCCACCUCCACUCUCUCUCUCUCUCUCUCUACUCCUUCUCUUUCUGCCUUAGAGACCUCCACAGUGUGUGUUUAUGUGUGUGUGUGUGUUUUAUGUGUGUGCAUGAGCAGCUCAGCCUGAUCGAUUGGUAGUAAAUGUGUUCAGUCAGGGAAUCCGUCGGCUUCUUAUGAAAUAUAGAUGCUGCUCCCACGGUCAGAUUAACAAGAGCACCAACAGAGAGGAGCGAUCAAACACUCACACACACGCUCUCACACACACACACAAACUGUACAUGCGUCUACAAUCCAAACAAGCACAUAUGCCAACUAAGUGCACAGCAAACACAUUAAUUGGUUUCCUUUUCUUGUUUCUCAGGAGAAUCUCUUGAUGCGAAUCCACUUCCACAUCAGUGCGGAGAGCAGAGAGGACAUCUGCACAGCCAAACACUGCAUACCACACCAGAAGUUCGCCAUGACUCUGUUUGAACAGGUACCAGAUGCUUCUGUCACCGUAAAACCAGUUAAACACAAACCAACUGUUGCAUUUCAACAUUGAGAUUAGCUUUCAUAUGUUCACUAAAGUCAUCCACGAAGAAACAGAAAAGUUUGAAAUUUUGUCUAGGGCCCGACUGAUAUGGAUUUUCUGGGGCCGAUUAGGGGGGAAAAAAACCUGAUUAUCAUUAAUCGGACGAUUUUUUACAUUUUUUAUGAAGUUAUAAAAAUAUAUUCUGUAGAUAUCUCACGGCUAACAGUGUAGCAAGGCUAACAGCAGAUGGCUAACUCUAACUUUAGCUUGCGUGUUACAUGGUGCUUCACCGUUAACUCGGUGUGACCGAGACUAGCACAGCGGGGAACAUCGUGAAGUGGGUUGAACUGAAACUUGUUGACUUAUUGUGUAUUUCACAAACUGGUUUAUUUACCGUUGAGGCGGACCACUCUCCUCCGUGCGUCCCUGAGCUGCCUGCUUCAGAUCCGUCACUCUGCUGUGCUGUGAGGUAGUUAGUGGAUGAAGAUUGUCAUGAGGUCGCUGCGCCAUCUACAGGAUAAGUCGGGGAACUUUUAAAAUGGCGGAACAUUUUCAAAGUGAAACCGAAUCUUAUUCUCUCCAUUUUAUGGAGAUUUGGCCGAUUACUAAUUAGUCUCAAACGGGAUAAAAUUGGCCCUAGUUUUGUACUUUCAAGCGACUCGGAGGGGCUUUUGGUUUGUGUCGUUUAUAGCGCCCCCUGUGGAUGAUCCUCUCUGCUGAUCCUUAUCUGUACAAACUCUGUGUUUUCGCAUAGAGAUUUCCUUCUAAAGAUGUGUCUGAAAGUGAAUUUUGCUGUGGAAAUAAGAAGGUCUUAAAAAUGUUGAAUUAAAACCCCAGGAUUUUUGCACGUACCCUGCAGACAUUAAAAUGAACAAUACAUGAGUCAGUUUGGAGGCAUCCAAGUCUGUUUUAAAACCAGCAAAUAUCUCCUGAUCUUUCCCGGGUUAUAACUGGGCAUGGUUAUAGUUUUCUCUGUGAUCCAUUCAUGGGAAAAGACACUGCAGCUUGUUAGCCUUUAUGUAUAAAAUAUUCAGAGCUGUGGGUGUUGAGUGAAUUUUCUGCUGCAGGAAUGAGGAUUUUUUCGUGGAUGAUCUAUCUUUGACAGCUUUUGUUGAUCAUAGCUGCGGGAAAUGAGCUCUGUAAUCAUAAAGUACUAGCUAGCUUUACAGAGCUAUUGUUUGGUGUUGCAUUCAUAAGCUGAGAUACUGGCCCUGUCAACAAAAACAGUUCAUUGACUAGUAAUUUGGCAUUCACGAAUUAGAGGCAGCCAAUCACUUUUUAACUUUGAUUUCAUUCACUAUACCAUAAUCCCCCCAGUGGACUUUUUUCCACUCUGUUUGGACAUGUUACUCACAUAGAGGUUGAAAUCCACUCAUACACUUGAGCACAAAUGACGUGCGGAGUUGGACAACAAAUCCCAUUUUUACUCAAGGGAACCUCAGAAGGUGAACUGGCACCUCUCCAGCCACUAGGCCAACUGCCAAACUUGCCAAACAAGUGAUGGGAUUUGAACCAGUGACCCUCCAAAGGCGUAUAUCCUGCAUCUCACUCACUGAUGGAGCCAUACCAGGACUAAACUCCGCCUUGGCGUUCAGUUAAAGCUGAUUUGAUGUUUCUAAAAUUGCCUGAAAUUUAUAUGUCAUAGGUCAAUGCUGUCUUUGUGAUAUCCAAAAGCAAAUGAAACCAUGAGGGACAUGAUUGAAAAUUCGUAAAUCAUCAUUUUUAAUGCCUGAAACUAGUGUGAGGGGGUUGGGGUCAGCCGAGCAUCUGCAGAAACAGACCUGAAACUCAUCAGGGUGAGAUUUUUUUGCAAAAAGACACGACUUUGGUAUGUGGAGGACAAAAUGAGUGAAGACAGAGUUUUCCACAGGUGCAUUGAUUCUAACAGGAGUUUUCAAGAUAUACUAAAUCAUCAUCAACAACAUGCCUUGACAACAGGAUCACCUGUUGUUAUGUAUGUUAAAUUGGAUACAAUAAUUUUGGAAGUACCAUCAAUCAAUCGAGCAAUCAAUCAGAUUUUAUUUAUGUAGCGCCAAAUCACAGCAGUCGUUAUCCCAAGAGGCUUUACACAAAAGAGCAGGUCUAGAUCAGGCUAAUUGUUUGACGAAUUAUUAAGACCCAACCUGAAGAUGGGACAAAUUUGACCCAUCUCAUCUAACAUGAGUGAGAGUGGCAAGGAGAAACUUUCUUUUAACAGGCAGAAACCUUGGGUAGGACCAGACUCAUGUUAGACAGCUACUUUGCCGCUGCUGAGUCAGGGAGACUACUUCUAAUUGUGAUCAAAAUCUGGUUAAUUUUUCCUGAGUACCUCCAAAAUGUUGAAAGUACUUCCAAACUGUUUAGGACUGCACUAUACUGAUGAACCAGGCAGAUGUCAAUCAAAAUCUGAAUAAACACGCCCACUUCAUCACGUCCCAUGAAACGGUCUCAACAGUCAAAUCAUCUGUCCUCUUAAACCAUGUUUUCCAACAUUUACGGUCCCUCGAUUUCACUCAGAUUUUAGUGGACUCUGAUGUGACAUUUAAGCUUGAAAUCAUCCCUCUUUUUUCAUUUAAAGCCAAGUUCUCAGAGGCUUUGAGAGGCUGUUACAUAAGCGCGUGUUGCGCUGUUGUUAAAAUAUAUUACCUCACAUGCUAACAUGUUAAUGUCCGGCGACGAAUAAGAGGAUGUGUUUGUGUUUGUAUACUUGCAGUGUGUGUGCAACAGCUGUGGAGCAACAUCAGACCCCCUGCCCUUCAUUCAGAUGGUUCAUUACAUCUCCACUACAUCCCUCUGGUAAGACCAGACACACACCUACACACACACACCUUCACACACACAUAAUGCAGUAAAUCUGGCAGCAAGCUCAGGCUGGGUGGCAGUAAAGGAAGGUACAGCGUGUUCUCUUCUUCUUCCCUGCACGGGUCCCUGCUGAACACCGAGUGCACACAUGCAUACACACACUCACACACACAGAAACACACACAUUUAUGUUAAUGCAUAUGACAGAGCAGGUGAAUUUGUGCUUAAAUUCACCUCGAUACUCAGGUGGACAGUGGCUCAAAGAUAACGCACGCAGGACGAAGGAGGCAUGUGUGGCUCCUUAGAGCUGUUACAUAAAACACACACUCAGUCAAUGAAAUAAGGAAGAGGGGAAGUAAUCAAUCAGCUGUUUGAUUCAGUAGACCCGGGGGGCGGCAUAAAUCUAUAAGUGGAACAGUGGGUCGGAAAGAGCGCGAACGAGAGGGAAAUAAAAGGAUAUAUCACUCUGUAUCCCUUUUGGAAAUGGAACAGGGCAGAGGAAAUCGAGGGAUAAAUGUGGGGGCAAAAGUACAAAUAAACACACGGUGUGUGGAGGUAGUCGUGGGGCAUUGCUCUCUUGUUUGUGCCUGUUAGCGCUGCCAAGCUAUUUUUACCCUUAGUGGAGCCUGUUGUUUACAGACGAGAUCGCCGAAUAUGCAAAAGUCAACAUGAGUAAGAUAAUCAGAGGGCAGCAAAAAGACAAAACAAACGUCUGGUUCAGGCACGAUUCAGAGGAAAGCAAACAGAGGAACAAGUGUUGUUGUUUUUUCUGCUUUCAUGGCCGAGCGAGGGGAUAAAACAUAGGGAGAGAGAGAGAGUAGAGAGAAGAGGUCGAGUUCAUGUAAGGCUGGAAGUAAGGGUGACAGGAGGAGAAGAGCAGGGGGGGAGGAAGAGGACGAGGAGGAGGAGGGGAAGUUUUCUUAAAUUAUUAUUCUUAAAGAAAUACUUCCCCCUGAAAAAGAGCAAAAAAACAAUGCUGAUUCAUCGCACACAUAAUCCUGCACAUGGCACAGAGGGUGCUCAAGUUCAUUUGGUAUUCACAGAUUAUAAUAAUGUGUGUUUGAGUUUGUCCUUCAGAGGACUUAAAACUGAUAAAUACAGCUCAGUAUUUAAGUGUCUUUGCUUCAAAGUUUGCUGAAGGAGAUUGUCUCGAAAAUACGGCUCGUUCCACAUUUUUAAUACGAGUUUUUUGAUAAAAGUGUUGAUGAAAACAGAGUUUGAUGGUUUGCAAAUCCUUGAAGCGUAUAUUUUCACUGAGAAUAGCAUGAAGAUUACAAAUAAGAUGAUGAAACUGAAACAACACGGUGAAUCGCUGCAUCCACAAACCGUCAGUCCAAUCCAGAUGGACUGACGAUUAAAACUUCAAUGUGACAAAUCAGUAUCUUAAAUUCUUGUCGGAAAUCAUGCCAUUCAGCUUUUUAUCACUGCAUUGUUAUAUCUCAUCAUCUUUGAAGGCACCGUCACUCCUCCAUAGGUUUUAGAGCAUCAUAUGCCGCCAUCUGGACAAUGAGAUUUUCAGGAAAGCUGGGCUGUUUUGUUGGCAUUACAAGUGCAAACAUUCGGUAAAUCACGCCACAAACAUUAUAAAUAGAAAGAACCCAAAGUGUCUCAUCAGGUUUCAAGAUUUGAUUUGUUGUCUUUGCACUUUUUCAAUUGUUAAAUGAUUUGCAAACCAUGGAAUUGAGGUUGUACUUCUUUAAUAAACGCAACAGUAAUAAUGUUCUUUCACUGCGCUCUCAGUUGGGACGCUGUCUUUUAGCUUAACCACUUUAGGAAGGUCAGAGAUCAUAAUCUGCCAGAUAGGAUUUAAAAACUCGCUCAGAGGGAAUCUUUUUACCGCCUUAACAACUGUAUAAUCUAGAUUUGUUCUUACUUUUUACGUUUUUUUUUCCUCUAUUCCCUUUGUUUUAUUUUCUUAAUUAAAGCAGAUGAGAAAAAGCCUGAGGGAGCGACUCGGUCUGCGUGCUGAAUGGUUGCCUAAGCAAUAUGCAAAGCGAGCGGACAAAACACUGCAGAAUUCAAAGCUUCUGAACUGAUUUUCAACCAGAAAUACGAGAGGAAAUGAAACAAUUGUUUGCAGAUUACCGCGCGGCGUCGCGAAACAAACAAACAAACUGAGAGGUUUUUAAAGAAUGAAGGCAAAGUUUCGGGUGGCCACAAGUCACAUUCAGGCCGAACAAUAGAUGCUUUCUCCUAUUCACAAAAGCUUUGCUCACAGGCGCACUCAUUUUUUGUGUGUUUUGUUUGUGUGUGUGUGUGUGUGUGUGUGUGUGUUUGGAUGCUGCAGUAACCAGGCAGUGAGGAUGCUGGAGUGCAGAGAGAAACCCACACCGGACAUGUUUGGAGAGCUGCUACGCAAUGCCAGCAACAUGGGAGACCUGCGCAACUGCCCUGUGAGACCACACACACACACACUUACACAGACGUACACACACAUAUACACAAUAUGAGCCCAUUUUAGAAAAUACGCUGAGCUUAAUGAUCUUUUUUGUGUUAUUUUCUUGCGUGAAUUUGCUGCGAGUUCAGUUUUGUGUUUGAGAAAAAAGGAAAAAUCUGCAGAUUUAAUCUAAAAUAUCAACAGAUGGAGAGAUAAAAGAAACAAUAAAACUAAGAGCAGGCUGAAAAAUCACAUUUUAAGAACAUAAUUUGCAGCGUAACCACUUUGGUAGUUUCAUCAUGUCUACUUUGUUUCCCCCUCUUUUCUUUCUUUUCUUUCUUGGUGCGUCUGUGUGUUACAUAAUCAGCAGCCCAUUUGCAUUUUCCUCCCAUUUUUCUCUUCACUUUCUAUUACCGGAAGCAUUUUCCCGAGUUGUCGUCAUCAGCCCUCUUGUACAGUUAAACAAAAUAAUCAUUGUCUCGUUGCAGCAGGACACAAAGAACAUUAGGUUGUGCAGGGGGAAAUCAUUCUGACUGAAUAGGGUGUGUAUUUUUGCGUACUCUUAUUAGUUAAAUUGAAGAGCCAUUACAGUCAGGAGAGGUUGAUGGAGGAAAGUGGUCGGACGAACAUGCGUCAUGCUUCCUCUUUGUCCUGCAGCAUGUUGUGCCGCCACGUGGGAAAGUUCUGCCGCUGAAUAGACUCGACUGGGCGCCGCUCGGCCCUGCUCCUCUCUGCCAAAGUACCGGCACAAAGAGCCUCCUCAGCGGCCUCUCUCUCUCUCUCCACACAGCAGCAACGACACAAAAAAACAACCGCUAACACACACCCUGGGCUUAUUCACAGACCCACCACUGACGUUGUGUGCGCAGUCCUGUGGGAGUGGAGCAACCUGCCUCUGUUUAUCUUCCAUCACUGGCAGCGCUGAUCUUUUGUUAAUACCACACUGGGCUCUGCUCAAACAAAGUGAUGGUAUUUGGAUGGCAGAGAGGCUGCUGGGAGAUAUUGGAGGUGCCAGACUGGAUAUGGGGUGCCAAAGAGGAAACUGUGAAGUUGUGAAUAUGUUUUUUUUUCUUGUUUUUGUCAGCCAUGAGCUAAAAUUAAGUUUACUGAAUCUAUAGAAGGAGAAAAUAAAUUCAACAUUUAUUAAAAAUACGUUAUCAUAAUGUUUAACCCAUAGACAGUCAAUGGAACAACCGCUUUCACACCAGGGUUUAUUUUGACAGCUAAUAUACAUUUAGUCUCAGUCUUAAUCUUUGGACUUAAAUACCUUUUAGUUUUAGUCACGUUUGAGUGAUUUUUGUCUUUUAUAGCUUGAGUUUCGUUUAAGUUUACAACAUUUAGUUGAACUUUUAGUCCAGUUGUGGUCAAUAAUGUUUUAGUCAUUACUGUUUGAGAAAACAUUUUCUAUCUCCAAUCAAAAAUAAGCAUCAAAGAUGUAAUAGUGUUCACAUCUGCAGUGUCUCACCCUUUUACUUGUGUUGUAUCGGGAUUUCUUACUUUAGUUGGAUGAUUUACUGUAGACUCUCCCACGAUCAAUGCUGGUAGUACUACAAAGAAAUUAUCCUUACUCCUAGUCAAAAGCUCUUUCUGUGGCCAUUGUAAAUAUAUUUAUUUUCUUUUGUCUUCUUCUUCUGUGGGGUGAUGAGGUCGGGGCUCAGUCCCCAGCGCCCUCAAGUCUGAGAAACACCACUGGACUGGCACGCUGAACAGGAACUCAGUCACUACUGCUCUCAUCUUCGUCUUCAGUAAUUCACAGUUUAUCACAAAACGUGUCAUGAAAUUAGCCCCCUAAAACAAAUCAUAUGUAGGAUAACUUUCAAGUUUGGAUAUGAAGCUGUUAACGGUAAAAAACUUCGGUAACUGGUUGCGUCUUUAGCAACACCUAGCUGGAAAAGUAGUGCGAUAAACCAACUCAGCCUGUUGUAGGAAUGAAGCCUGUUGUUCGAAUCUCAGGUAAAAUAUUAGAUUAGUGUGUAAAAUAUGAUGGAUUUUAAAUUCCACCUCUCGUAUUUUCAUCUCUGUCAGUUUGUGUAAGGGUUGAUGAAUUUUAGGUAGUUAUCAUCAUGGCUGUGUAGUGGAAAAACGUCGUUGACCAGCAUCUAUCGUCAUAAAUUGAAUCGAACAAAAACAACAAAAAACCUAAACUCUACGGUCUGACACUAUUGUGUAUUUUUUCCCUGUAAAAACUAGCUUAAUAUCUGUUAUGUCUCAUUUGAGAUUUCUAUAUUUUACCUCCUCUGUCGUCUUCUUGCUGGUUUGAAGUGUGCAGGUCUUUGUUGGAAAGGUUGAUGUCAUACAUAUCCGUGUUCUUAUCAAAGUGUAACAAAGAGGAUUAGAGUCAGAAACUGAUAACAGCAGGGAUCGCCCCUUUAGUGUUAUGGUGUUCUUUGUAUGAGUGCAAAGUAUUAAUUUAAAAGCAGGAUACUGAGGUUGUACAUGUCUGAGACACAGCUGGUGGAAACCUUAUUUUGCUGCUUUGAAGACUGAUCUGACACGAUAAAAUGAGGAUUUGUUUUGUAUGUAAAAAUCAGCAAAUUAACCAGCCAAUAGAGUUAUUUAUAAUGAUGAAGGAGUAAAGUGUGGGAUAUUUUCCUCUAAUAUCAAAAGGAAAGUUGUUUAAAGUAGCAAUAACUGUCACAGUUCAGGAAUCAAACAAAGGAAAAGGACCAUGAAAUGAAAGCAAGACCAGGAAGAUGUUUUUCCAAAGCCCAGGUAAAUGAAAAUCCAAAAGUUUAUAGUAACAAAUUAGUAUCUCAGGGAAGCUACUGAGCAAUCCACAGAGAAGCUGAGAUGAAAUCCCAAAUAGACACAAGGAAAGGUAGAUUCAGCUCACACAUAAUCCUAAUUUCCACAUUAAGCCUAAACAAAGAGAAAAUCUCUCCCCAACCGGAUAAUCCAGGUAUGUUAGUCGGACUGUGAGAAGUGCGAUUUCAGUUGGACUAACAUGUAUUUUUAAAAAUCCUGGUUCUGCCAGACCAACUCAGUAAAUUGAUUAUUUUGAACAAGAUAUAAACGUACUGAGUGCACCCUUUUUUUUUCAGGAUGUGAUUUGGAGCCCAUGUGGCGGUUUCCACUGCAGAGUCAUUUCUUUUAAUCUGUGCAUUUCUUCCUGAAAUUACAGCCAUCCAGUACUUGGUUUUCCUUCCUGUCUUUUUUGUACAUCUUUUAAUGAUAUUAUAUACUGUAGGUUAUCAAAUCAAAUUCUUUUUACUAUCUUCUCAUAAAUAUUUGACUCACAAAUUCUGUUUUAACGUAGAAUCCUAAAUUUUUUCACGUCUUUCGAUGGUUGUAAAUGUCCUCUGCUGCUGUUGCCAUUUGUGUUCUCUCGACACCCAAUCCUGUCAAAGCUUCAUCGUAGCAGCUUUUCCACUUCCCCAGCUCGCAGCACUAACUCGUGUGUGACUGCUGGAAGUGAUGACACAAACUGCAAAUUAAACACUGAGCUAUAACGAACCGGAGUGCACUCAAUAACCCUAUUUUUUUCUGGAUGAGUGCUAGUUUUUCUGUUAUAUGAGUCGUCUGCUUCAUCAAAGCUGGCUCUGUCCUUUUUAUUUCAGUUUUUCUGAGAAAGCGUUUGCACGGAUUUUUCUAAAGUAGUUUCAAUUUUUUGCUCAGAAGAAUGCAACGAUCAGCACUCUGCAAACCUCAUGUAUCCUUUGACCAGCAGCACUGUUACAUAACGCUCCCCCUCUUUGAAAGGUCUGCAGAGCCACAGCGAGCAGAGAGGAAUCUUUGCAUAUAAAAAUUCAGAGAUGAGUCCGCAGCAGCAAUCAGGAGGGUUGUAUCAUGGAGCAGGGCGGCUGUGUUUGUGCCAUCAUGUGAUGAAUGAUGUUGUCACCAGCAGUGAGACGGCACAGAGGGCUAACCCAGGUCCCAUGCUUGUGUCCUGGGCUAACAGAUAGCCCGAGUGUCAGUGCUGGCUCGCGUUUGCGUCUCUUCUUUUCUGAGAAUUGAGAAGCUGGCAGAAAACCUUCCUGCCAUCCCCGGUGCCAACGCGAGACGUCCCGCCGCCCACAAAAAGGGAGAGUUCUGUGUGUGUUUUUCGUGCAUAUGUGUGUGCGCGAGUGUUUGGCAAAGCGUCUGGUUGCCGGGGUGUUCUCAGGCUGUUUCCGAGCCGGCUCUGCCAACGCUGCGUGCAUGCUCGCGUGUGCGCUUUUUGAGUGUGUGCGCAGCAGCUCUGUGGUGGGUCAUGACUCAAAGGAAGGAGUCAGAACACACGGUUCUGAACUCGACAGAAGGCCCAAGGGACAAAUACAGCUCAGCACUGUGCUUCUUCCUCUCUCGUUCUCUCUUUAAGUCCUUUCAUCAUCUCUUUCCUCUCUUCUUUUAUCUCUGCCUCUCAUUUCUCCACUGCUCACUUUAUCUGAGUGUGUAUCUGCACACUCAAAUAUGUGUGUAUGUGUGUGUUCAUCACUGCCAAAUAAAUAGAUGUUUUUAAUGUUGCACACCGCUGUCACACAGCCUCAUAACACAGGAUGAAUAAACCUGUUUGAUCACACUUCUCUUCUUAUUUUCUCACCUCCUCUCUCUCAGAGUAACUGUGGGGAGGUGUUGCGGAUCCGCCGGGUGCUGAUGAACUCACCGGAGAUCGUGUCCAUCGGGCUGGUGUGGGAUUCGGACCACUCAGACCUGGCUGAGGACGUCAUACACAGCCUGGGGACCUGCCUGCGUCUUGGAGAUGUAAGGAGAUCACACACCCGAAUUUUGCAGACAUUUAAACACAUCAACACAAGUUAUGAACGCCAACUAGCAACCAAGCAUGUACCCUCUCCAAAAUAACAUAAAUACAUCAGUAUAAACAUGCAAACAUGUGCAAACUGAGCCUUCUUAAACACUAGUACACUCAUGGGGGCUUCAGUGUCUCCAAUUUAGAAAAAAAGCUGCAUGCUGCCCUUUGUGAUGGCCUACUGAUACAUAAACAGGAUAAAGUGCCCUCCAGAGGGCUGUAGAAAGCAUGAUACAGUGCCGUACAGGCUGCCGUACACACUGGAAAACAUCCUGAUUACUAUUGCCCUGCUGCAUGCAGCUGGUGCCCUUUUUAUUGUUUCAUCACCCUGCCCCUCAAACAACGAGGAGCACUAAGAUGAACAUCUGUUGUUAGAAAGCGUUGAGUGUGUACGGCGCUGAUUCCUGAGGGGAGGAGAUAACUGUUUUAGUAAAAAUGGUGAGAAAACUCUCGGAUUUUAAGCCUGUCUUACAUUUUUAAGUCCUGUGGUCUGCCGCAUUGGUCCGGCUUAAAUAUUAAAAUUGGGUUACUACAUUUUUAAAGAUGCCAGCUUGUGAUGUUGAAGCUUUCAAGAAAUACUCGAAAGCGCAGUUAUUUAAGCAGAAAGUGGAUCUGUAAUGUCCAAGGUUAGUUAUCAAAAAGUAAAAUUCAGCUGAGAAGACAUACUUUUAAUCUCCUUUACUGGUAUAAAAUCUAGUACAGGGAGGUGUUUUAGUGUGCCACAGAAUUUGACUCAGAAGAUGGCACUAUAAUGCAGCUAAAACUUACUGUCAUGACCAAGCGAGAUUACAGAGUGGUGGCUAGGUUGUAAACUUAACUUAGCAAAACAGAUGGAACUACACAAACUACACAAACCUAAAGUGUUUGUUUGGACUUGGCUGAAAACAGAGGAAAGCAUGAAGGAAGAGGACGGUUAAUGUGUCCAUAGUGUUAGAAAAAAGCUUUAUGAAGAGUCUAUGAUUAAUGUCAGUAGAAAUCUUAAGCUAACUGUUUCUUAUUGCAUGUUUAGUGGGCUGUCAAGAUAUACUGAAAUUGACAACAACUGUCUUUUAAUAUAUAAAUAUAAAUAAUAUAUUAAUAUUGUGGUAAAAUAAGCAUAGAGUAAUACUGUGAGAUCAUAGUGGUGGUCUUGACUCUGGUUGCCAUUUGUCUUUAAACAGGGGUUGGAUCCAGAAGUAGUAGCGGACUGUUAGCAAGCCAACUAAAGCCUUCUGAGUAAUGAUUCAGCACUUUCCAAAAAUGACACCCUAAGAUUUUAAGGGUAGUUUUUGGACCAAGGCUCAGUCGAUCUGUCUAACCCAUGAUGCAUGUUUAUACAUGGUUCACACUCUGCAUUCAGCCUUAACCUACAUUUGGAUGCAACAAUGAAUUACACUGACAGGCAGUGGUUUUUGGAUGUGAUUUUGAGCCCAUGCAGUGACUUCCACUGCAAAGUCAUGUCUGUCUCUUACUGUUGUGCUACUUUAAGGCUCAAGGGGCUCAGAGAUUUCUUCAGACUCAGAAUAUUUUAAUGAUAUUUUGUGGUGUAGAUGGGGUAAUCCCAAACUGUUUUUACAAUUUUACGCUCCAGAUUGAUCCACCACAUUACCAGUUGUUGAACCGCUUGCUCACGCAGUCUCUCACAGAGCAGUGAACCUCAUCCCAUCUUCAGUUCUGGGAGACUCCACUUCUCUGAAAUACCCUUUUAUACCCAGCCCUGUUACAAAUUAACCUUAUCUGUCCAGGAUUUUAAGCAUUACACUUUUGUUCUUUAUUCUCAAUUAAAUCUCAUAAUUUACAUCAACAUUUUACAUGCUGCCCCAACUGUUUUUCAGAAUAAGAGGUUGUACAAAACAAAUCAAACAAACUGGGACAAUCUUAGUCCUGGUUGACCACCUGCUAACAAACAAACAAAGGAUAUUAGAAACUUCCCCUCCAUUUAACAGCACAAUGUUCAAACAGACACUAAUGCACAAACACACACUCUCAAGGAUACGUACACACGAACAAAAAUCAAGUUUAUGAAAAACGCCUCAGCAGCCUUGCCUUUACUCACCUAUAGCUCUGAAAAUUCCUCGUUCUCAGCUGCAGCUUUCACACCUUACAGACACACACACUCACUCUUACACACACACACACGUGUUCUACCCCUGAUACUCCAUGUCAUGACUGAGUAAUGUUGAUGCAUUUUAAUGCUACUGUAACAUCUCCAGCAGCAUUCUGAAGUGAUAUCUAUGAAUAAUGGAUCAGUGAAUAUGAGUAUGUGUUAUAGGGAGUUGAGUUCUCCCCUCUAUCUUCUAUCUGCUGUCUCCGCCUGCUGCUGUCGCUCUCGUUCUCAUCCCUCUGCUGCUGCGAGAUGAAGCUGGUUGUUAGAUAGAAAUCGGCGGCAUAAUUUAUCGCAUUUUCUGCUUUUGUUUAGCUGUUCAGAUCAGGAAAAAAUGAAUCCAUCUGCCUCCUGUAUCCCCCCACCAUCUUCUGCCGCUCUCUCUUUGUCUGUCGUCUGCAUCUGUUCUCUCUCUUUUCUGCUUCCAUGCGACUCUUUUUAUGUUCUUCCUCCGCUUCGAUAAGAGCAUUUUAGAGCUGGAACAAUUAGUCUGUUGCAAAAAAGAGAUAACAGUUUUGAUUAAUCUUCAUUGCAAGCUGUUUAUCAAGCCAAAACGUUGAACACUUCUUGUGUCUGACUGCUAGAAUAUGAGGAUUUGUUGGUUAUCUUUUGAUUGGUCUCUUGGAAAUGGAACAGGUUUUGCUCGCUGGUUGAACAAAAGAUGCGAUCCGAAAACGAGUCAGGCUGUAGAAUCUGAUGUUUGGCUAUUUUCAGACACAAAAAUGAUUGAAGAGCUGGAUUGUGUGAAAAAAUAAUCAAUAAUCAAAGUUAGUGUAAGUUGGUGAAUGGAGUUGUGUGUCUUUUGUGUGAAAAUUUAGAUGUAUAAGGGACAAUUUUAAGAAGCGAGUUGAAAUGGAAACAGCAGGAGGCGCUACCUGUUUUUGGUUUCUCUCAUUUUGCAUCAUUACUUCUCUUUUGCCUGCAGCGAAACUUUAAAGCAGUAAGUGAAGUUUUUUGCAGUUGAGGGUGCAGCACCAGUGUUUCCCUUACACAAUACACAGGCAGCCCGCCAAAACAUAUUUGCCUACCAGUUAGGCACUUUAUUUUUACACAUUAGAUUGCCAUCUGCUAUCAAUACAAUAAUGGGGGAUCUCUCUCUCUCUCUGUCUCUCUCUCUCGUCCUGUGUUGCCGGCAGAACCUUCAUAGCAGCUUUGCAGAAAAUGAAAACAGUUAAAUGUAACACCAUUUAAAUAAACACAAAACAGACCUCACAACAAUAAGAGAUAUUAAACUGCUUUUAAUAAUAACUAAAUCUGCAGUCAUCCAAACAGAAAGUACUUAGAGUGGCAUAAUGAAUAGAGAUCUUUUGUUUCAUAGCUGUGUCAUUCACACUAACAGAAAGACUCGGUAUCAUUCGGGAUCAUUUCCUCUCCUACCUCAUCGUAUUACAUCCAGUCAGAAAGGUUAUGUAGCCACUGCGCCAAAUUGAAUUUAAUCAUUUUGAUUCCCAUCAUAUCUAAAAGGUUAUGAAUGGUGUUUCAUCUUAUCAUAUAACGUUCCAUAAUAUCAUAUCUUACCUCAUCAUGUUGUAACUCCAUCAUAUUGUGUAAUGUUUUAAAAGGGAAGUAUCAGACCUUGUUUAAACGAAUUAAUCAUAUAUUAUUGUAUUGUAUCGUAUCGUAUCGUACAAUAUCGUAUUUUACCAUACUGUAUCGUAUGGUAUUGUAUCGUAUCUUAUUGUAUGGUAUAGUAUGGUAUGGUAGGGUAUGGUAUGGUAUUAUAUUGUAUCGUAAUGUAUGGUGUGGUAUCUACCAUAUCGUAUUGUAUGGUAUGGUAUGGUAUGGUAUGGUAUUGUAUCGUAUCAUAUCGUAUCGCAUCAUAUUGUAUGGUAUGUUAUUGUAUCAUAUCUAGCGUAUCGUAUCGCAUCAUAUUGUACGGUAUGGUAUUGUAUCAUAUCUAGCGUAUCGUAUUGUAUCGUAUUUUAUCGUAUCUAGCGUAUUGUAUUGUGAGGUAUGAUAUCGUAUUGUAUGGUAUGGUAUGGUAUUGUAUGGUAUCAUAUUGUAUGGUAUGGUAUUGUAUGGUAUCUAGCGUAUCAUAUGGUAUGGUACGGUAUGGUAUGGUAUGGUAUUGUAUGGUAUGGUAUCGUAUUGUAUUGUAUCAUAUCGUAUUGUUCUGUAUUGUAUCGUAUUGUGUUGUAUUGUGUUAUACCAUCAUAUUUGGUCACAUCUUAUUCUAUCAUAUCGUACAGUGUCAAAUCUAGCGUAUCGUGUCUUAUCCCAUCAUAUUAUGUCAUAUUGCAAAGGUUAAGUAUCGUAUCAAAUUGAAUCAUAUUGUAUUAUCAUAUGUCGUUACAUAUGAAAAUCUGCUAUAUCAUAUCUUACUGUAUAGUGUGAUCAUGUGAUCCCAUGGUAUCCAAUCACAGCAUGUCAUUAGUGUUGAACUACAUCAUAUCGAAUCUUAGGAUUCUUUCUAUCUUAGUGUGGUUUUAUAUUAUUUCAUUGUUCAGUUCUGUUAUAUUGUGUUUUCGCAAACGGUUUCAAAGCAAAUCAUUUCACACUGUUCUGAACUGUAUCAUGUUGCACCAUAUCACAUCCUGUCAUGCUGUGUUGUAUUACAUGGUAUUGUUUCACAUCACAUUGUCUAGUUUCUUAUCAUUUCGUCUCAUAUUGUUGGCUGAGUGCAUCUUGGCUGAUGUGCUCCAGUAGAGUCCAAAAAGAUAAGUUCAUGUGGAGUUGACAUCUUCAGUACUGAGGUAUCAUUGCCGGAUUAGUGAUCCAUGAACACGUGAAAAUGUGUUAAAUACUGUAUGUCGAGGUGUGUUACUGUGCUUAAUGCAAUGACAGGAGAAGUGAGCACUCUGAGAAGAUGAAAUUGCAUUUAAAGGAUGACUGCAUACGGCAUAUACACUAGGUGAGCAAAAAUGUGCUUGUAGUCCCAUUAACUCCUCUAUCUCUAUCCUCCCUCCUGCUGCACACCUCUCCCUCUCUUCUCUCCCUGUCUCCUCCCCCUCCCCUUUCCCUCUCUCUCUCUCUCUCUCCCUCUCUCUCUCUCUCUCUCUCUCUCUGUAGUUGUUCUACCGAGUGACAGAAGAGAGGGCUCGCCAGGCGGAGCUCUACUUGGUGGGCAUGGUGUGCUACUACGGUAAGCACUACUCCACCUUCUUCUUCCAGACCAAGAUACGCAAGUGGAUGUACUUCGACGACGCUCACGUCAAAGAGGUGAGACACAGUUUGCAGUUGGAGGCUGCAUGCUGCAGGACGGGGACGGGGCAGGAGGAGGAGGAGAGGGGGAGGGGAGGGGAGGGUGCUGUACGGUAUCUGCUGCAUCUCCAGCUGAGCCUGUGAGAGCAGCAAUGACGAGAACUAAAGCUGUGUGUUAGUUUCAGUGCAGUAUGGUCAGUUCUUUUGAAGUGAGGGCGUAUCUGUCAAACUGAUGAGGCAUUAAAGGUUUUCUCCCCGUCUUAAAGUCGAUCUUAGUGCUGCUGGAACUGGUCUUAUGAUCUGAUAUGAUAUUUUGGGAUUUAAGCGUGACUUUUGUCCCGUACGCCUGGAAUAGGAUGUGAAUUUUUUUUCUGUGGCUAGACUGAGGAAAGCUGGGCUGCUUUGCUGAGUCAAAAUGUGAGAUAAAGUGGAUUUGCAUGUCCUUGACUCUUCUGUCAGCUAAAUAGAUAAUAAAGCUGGUGAAAAAGUGUGAUUAUGUGGUGUCAGUAAGGACACACAGCUGCACAGUGCAUGUUUGACCUUCUACUUUUAAUGCCUCAGAAGUCUUAAAAAUGAUAGAUCUACUUUCUGAUCAAGUGUGUGUCUGAGUGUGUGUGUAUAUGGCUUUGUAUGUAUGUUAAUGCAUGUCCUGAUGUGUGUGUGUGUGUUGCCCUGCUGCACCUCCAGAUUGGCCCGAAGUGGAAGGACGUGGUGUCUCGCUGUAUCAAAGGCCACUAUCAGCCCCUGCUGCUGCUCUACGCUGACCCCCGUGGGACGCCGGUGAUACUGCAGGAGAGCCCCAACCCCUGUAGCAGCUCCAACCCGCAGCUGGAGCUCCAGCACUGCAGCAGCAGCAGCAAAGCCGGCUACGACAGCGAGGACUCCGGUACAGCAGAGACGACACACAUCAGAUCACAUUUCUCUGGGUUUUAUCACCGUCAGGAGGGUGGGGUUGCAUGUGGGGUUACAGCUCCAAAGCCCUGACCUUCAACCCUGUAAUCCAGCUUCUAGCUUUGUAUAUUGCUGAGGACUUACUUUGCUGCAAACAUAUGGAAACGCAGGAUUUACUCAAAGGUCAUCUCUCCUUUUCUCUUGCUCCCUCUCAGGUCGAGAGCCCUCUAUAUCCAGCGAUACUCGCACCGACUCCUCGACAGACAGCUCCAGUCACAGAGCCUCUCGCAGCAGACCCCUCCACCAGUCCACAGGCAGCCACCUCUCCAACGAAUCACAGACCACGGUGGUCUGUAACUACGACAUCGGCACUCCCCCACACGGUGCUGACGCCGGAGGUAAAGUUCUCUAAACUUCAAUCUAGAAAUGUUGGCAGCUUUUCACAGCUGCAGACACAAGAAGCUGCAGUGAUUUCAGAAAGAGAAGAAAGACAAAACUGCGGUGCUUGUUAGGGACAAAUACAAUAAGAGCAAAGGUCAGUGUUCAAGUUAAAGUCCAAAUGAAGCCACUUCUUCGUCCCUGUGCUCCACCACUGCAGACUCUUCAGGUUUAGCUCCCUUACUCUCAGGUUUACUUGCACUGCUGCAGGGAUAAUUGCUCCCAGUGGGAUAAAAUGAAAAGGAAAAAACUAUUGGAUUUACUUUCGCUUUUCUCCCGCUCACACAGAGUCAGCGGUGGAGGGUCCUCCCCGCCCUCCCUCUCCUCCGCUGCCGGAGUACAAGGAGACGGCCGUCUUCCUCCUCUCAUCCCGCCGGCCGCUCACCUCCUCCUCCUCCUCCUCUCGACCCCUGUCCUCCUCCUCUUCGUCAGGAGUUGGGGGCUGCGAGGGGGGAGCUGGAGGGCCCCACUGGGAGGAUGAGAGCACCAGCAGCGAGAGCAAGUCCAGGUACUGCACUACACACACCCUGCAUGAAGAAUCAUCUCUCAUAGUUACUGAAAAUCAUCAAAGUGAAUAUAUGAGUCGCAUGCAGAGACUUUUAUGUGGAGGUCUGAGUCUGUUCUGAAAGCUCCUGCUCUUCCACAUGCAUGGAGGGGGAUAAGUCACCUGUAAUAGGUACAUAUAUAAAAGGCCAAGGCAGACAGAGCAGCAGCAAAGACCCCUGGGGUAAGACACAGAGUUUAAAGGAGGAGCUGGGGUGAGAAGCAGUUUGACGCCCAUUUUGACAUUUUCCAGUUGGAUGUGCAGAAGGUAAUCACUGAGCUGUCGGCUGGUAUGAGCUGGUGCUAGGAUCUGCUAAAGCUUGUCUUUGCAGCCUGCCUGGACUAACACUUUGCUCGUUUUCUGCACCAGAAUUGCUCCCUCAGAUGCCAUAGAAGUAGUGAAGAUUGAAUAAAACAUUUGAGUAACUUAAUCAAUCGAUGCACCACAGUAUCUACAGUAUCUGGGUAAAAGUACUGCAUAGCUGCUGCUGUUCUUCUCUCUCCACCUCUCCAGUUAAUGUUUUGCAUAGACGUUAUGAUUGAAAACGUGUUUUUUUCAGUAUGUUUAGAAUCACAGAAAGCUUAAAGGUCUGUGAACAGAUUGUAGAUUCAUGUUUUGUUACAAAAAUGCAAGUGUUUGGUGCAGAAAUAGUUCCAAUCUCUGUGUGCUUGGCCUGACUGAAAAAGUGUUUUUAAGUUGUUUUGUAGGUCAGGUAUUUUUACUUCUCUUAAGCUUUGAAAUCUGAAAUGAGUUAUUCAACUUUAUUUUUGGACUAUCUUACGUAAAGAUGAAUAACAUGCACCGCCCAUGCUCUCUAGUUCUUCUGGAGGCCGCUACAGGCCCACCUGGAGGCCCAGGAGAGAGGCCCUGAACAUCGAUAGCAUCUUCACCCGACCGAGAGGCUCCUCUCUGGGCUACAACACCCUGCCUGGUCCCUCUCUCCCUCCGGAGCCACAGGACUCUCUUCCCCUGGCGGGACCCGCUCCUACACCCACACAGCCUGGGGUACAAGAGGCAGAAGGGAGGGGGGCUGGGGAGUUGGAGGCGGGGUUUGGGCUGGUCGGGCAGCCCAGGUCUCUGGGCAGCGGGCGGACAAUGGGUCCGCCUGCCCCUCCACCUCUUAGAGGGGUGGAGCACCAGCCACGUCUGAUUCAGAGGAUGGAGAGUGGCUACGAGAGCAGUGAGAGGAACAGCAGCAGCCCCGACAGGUAAGAGACUCACACAUAACAAUUACUGUCUCCGUCUCUCUCUCUCCGUCGUUCAUCGUCUUUUCCCCUCUGACUUUCUCUGUCACUCUUGAUUUUCUGUUCAAUUUAACUUUAACAGCUUCAAAUUGGAAUUUGACAUUAACAACAACAAAUUGUCCAAUAAUAGUCACCCAAACAAAUCAAUCUAAGGACAUGUUUGUCAGGGGAAUUGCACUCUUAACUUUUUGUUUCUUUUUGUCUUUUUUUUCUUGCCUUCUUUCUGUCUGUUUGUCUUUCUCUCACAGGGAGGUGGGGCAACAGAAACGGGUGCUGAUGUCAGGACCUUCAUGGCGCUCGGUGCCCAAGUCAAAGAGCAGCAGUGCCAUCCUGCAGGAGCUGCCCUCCCCUAGCUGGGGCGGCGGCGGCACUAUCUCAGGUGUGACUUAGCGAACGUACUCAACUGUAUCUUUGGAUUCAGUGAAAGAUUCCGUUCUUCAUCUUUUGGUGUCCAUUUGCGUUCAGGCACAGGGCGGAGUGAGCUGGACGAGCUGCAGGAGGAGGUGGCGAGGAGAGCUCGCCAGCAGGAGCAGCAGAAGCGGAAGGAGGCGGAGCGGGAGGCAGCCAUGGGAUUUAACCCCAAACCCAGCAAAUACAUGGACCUGGACCAGCUCCAACACCAGGGUAAGGAGGAGGAGAGACAGGAAGAGACAAGUGGGAGGAAAAGGUGGAAAAUAUGGGAGGUUUCAGGUGUCCCAAAAGAGUCACAGUUCACCCAACACAUUUUCUCACAACUGGAACUACGCGGCGAUGCAACUUUUGGUUCAUGUUUUAAAUCUGCUUUUUAUGAGAAAAUGUUAAGAUGAAAACCUUGUGUAGACCAAGCUUCACCUUAGCCAGGGCAUCACAAAAACAGUGAGAAAUGAUGUCUUUGGGUGAACUGGUCCUUUAAGAAGAAGUUGACAGGACAAAGGAGUUAAAGCUGCACUGGCAAACUUUCAAAUAAUCUCAAAUGUCACUAAAAAUGAGUCAAAGACAAGAUUUGUUUUUGCUUUUUGAGUCGACAGAGAGAGAAGGACUUUUAUACUUCGACCGACAACUGCAAACACGCUACACCAGCCAAAAUAAUUCUUUCCAAAUAAAUUGGGCAAAACAAAACAAUGACAAUUUGAAGAUCCAAAAUCUAAUCCAAAAAUCCAAAAAUAAUAAUCAACAUUAACCCUGCCAAGUCAAAAACAUGCUGUUGAUAGUUUACAAAAGUUGUCCCGCAGCACUCCUGCUUCUCUUAGCUUUGACCUUUAGCCUGUUUUACUUCUCUGUACAUUUUUUAUUUGUUUUCAUUCACUGGUAUUUCCAACAAAACGAUUGACAGUUGAUAAAAGAAGUCCCGCUCUUUCUUGAUUCUGAUUGGUUGGUGAUUGAGAAGUGACACUAUUAAGUCUAAAGGUCCUUAAACACCGGAGCCGACGCAAAUACAGAACGCUAAGUUACGAAAUAUUCAGAGGUGAAUUUUGACGCGCCUGACUAAACACAUCAAGCCCGAUGCGAUUUUGCGACUUUCCGGGGGGGAAAAGACGCAUCCCGGGGAAGACUUUUCCCAGGGAAAGUCCCGCCUCCUUCGCCUCUGAUUGGUUAAAAAAGCUGGAAACGUCAUCACACACUCAUGCCAAACGGUCCGCACUCAUCGCCAAUCAGAGGCGAUAAGAUAAGCACAUGAAACUAUGGUAACAACCGUUAGCUUAGGUUAGCACAGAUGAAAGUUAAAACAAAGACGUUAAAGCAAACUGUUAAAGCACACAAACCAUCGUCAUAUGAGAAAUCCGACUCUAUGUUGUGUCUAUGUUGUGUCUUUUAUCAAAAAGCACUCUGUUCUCUGACACGUAAACAAUCAGCCGGUUGGCCAUGUUGGACAUACCAGUGAAUCAGACGUCGCAACAACAGGCUUUCCAAUUGGUCAGAAGUGGACACAGAGUAUACGAAACUUUAGAAAAAUCGACCAUGAUCUGAAAAAAUUAAUGCCACAAUAUCGCAGGACGGGAAAACGUCGCUGAUGUGAACGCUUGUAUUGACAGGAUACGGGUUCGAAAAAAAAUAUUGAUGUCCAAAAUAAUCCCACGACAAAAACGGUCCCAGUGUGAAAGGAUCUUAAAAGUAAAACAACAGUCAACUGAGAGAGCUGUGAGUGCAGCGGCUUAACUCAGAAUGAAAAUAGUGAUCUGCUUUUGGUUGGCAUCGAAAAUAGGCCCUAAAAUGCACAAAACUUUGUCAGUGGACACAGUCCCUAAUACUCUUGACUUUUCCCCCAUGUGAAACUCUCUUACCUGAUUUUUGUCAGUGUUGCUUUUCCCUUAUAGCUCCCUCUACAGGCCUGGAGACUUCCUUUUGUUCAGACUCACAGUGCAGCAUUUUCCAUUUCUUUUUUAUUUUGUUUAUACUUUUCAAUUGGCAUUCUUUCUAAAUCUGCGAAUGCUUCCUCCCAGCGGACAUGUUUCUGUAGCCAGUUUGCCCUUGCGGGUCACAGUAGCUCAAUGCUCUGCGUCAUUCCCUGACCCAGGCUGAUGAGGUGUAUUUUUAUGUAAAAAUCUUGCUUGGUGCAGCUUUAAGGUCACAUUAGCACCUGUUGUCUAGCUCAGCAGUGACUUGUAUGUCCGUGGUUCUGUCUGACCUCCUCUUUGUCCUCAUACCCAUCUGUUGGUUUGUCUCUCCAUCUGUCUCCCUCUGUCUUUUUUAAAUUUGUCAGUUAGUUCGCAGUGUGCGACUAUAACUCAGGGUGUAUUUAUUUUUUGUUGGUCAUCCAUCAGUGUUUAAUGAUAAGAAAACUGUGUUCGUGUGAGUGUGAGUGAGUGAGUGAGGCUGUGUUUGACAGCAGUUUAGUUCAUCUAAGUUCAGUGGAGUUGAAGAGAGCAGAAAGUUUAGAUUUCACUAACAUGUAAAAAACUUCGGGACCUUAAUUAUCGUGGAGGGAAAAGUGAGUUUGGGUAAGAAAAAAAUCUUCAAUGUCCCAGUUACUAUCUAAUGUGAGUGUGAACCUAGAAAACUGUACUUCGUUGCACUGUUUUGACCUUCAAAAUGCUACAGAUACAAUAAAUUAGGCCCUGAAGUUUAAUAGAUGUAGGGUAUUUAAGAAGUUGUCAAAUUGAUAGAAUAAAUCAUCCUGAAUUGAUCAGUAUUAGACCUCAGUCAGUCAGUCAGUCAGUCAGUGUAUCCAGGCCUUUAAAUCUGUCAUGCUAACUCUUUUCCCCAACGCCUUGGGUAUGUUUCUUUCUUUAUAUUUCUUUCGAUACCCAUGUACUUUUUACCGCUCACAAAUUUGGUCUUAACUGAGAAUUAGUCUUUUGAAUUGAUGCUUUCCUUUUCCCAUGCAUUCUUACUUUUAUUAGUUAGGUCAGCUGGAGAAAGACAGGAGAUAUGGGAAAUAGAUAGUAGAAGGUGACAUGCAGGGUCGAAGGGUCGAACUAGUGAGGAUGUAGACUCUGAAGUAUAAGCCAACCAGCACCCCAAAGUCAUAAAAUCUUAUUAGGACGAAAUGGCUUCCAGACUUUGAUUAUUACCUCUCUUAAAGCUCCUGUGAGGAACUUUUUGUUUAUGUUGAUUUUGGUACUUCCUGCGAACAGAGCUGUGCCUUGUAGCUCUUGGCUAGUUGUGCUCUGACGGUAUAUCACCUCGUUUGUGGUGCAGCGUGUAGAAUGAGGAUAUUUAACGGCAUCUAGCGGUAUGAUUCUAGAAUGCAACACUCCCUCGCCGAUCUCUCCUGUCACCAAGGCAACGGUGGCAAUCGAGAACCAGAAGCGAUUUACACGACAAAGAUGGUGCCAUCCACAACAAACCCAAGUAAUUCAAGUAGUAUAUGAAGGGAAGGGGUGGUGAUGUUUUAAGUUAUCUAAAUACAGUUAAGAGUUUAGAGCUGAGAUAUCAAUUAUGAGCUUUUCAUUGUUUUGGUAACAGGCUGACAUUAGCAAAGUAAUGCUGAACAGAAACAUACGAAUAACAAUAUUAGGGCCAUAUUAUAUUAUGAUAAUGAAGUCAUCAUGUUAUGAGAGCCAUGAUAAGGUCAUAAUUUUGUUUUUUGCAAGAAGCUGAGAUGAGAGGCAUCCCCCAUCAAAAUAGCAUUACGUAGCUAGCUGUUGACCAACUCUGAGUAUUGCGUUAGUUAAAAGAUAAUGAGUCGUGUCACUGCCAGAGGUCCUAAAGAAUCAAUUAAAGUUUCUUUACCAGUUUAAAAACUCCCCACAGGAGCUUUAAGGAGCUUUAAGGAUGGACACUAACAUGGCGGUGGGUUUAUAAGCUUGUUUGGUCUUCAAACCCCAAACUUAAUGGGAUUUUACAAAAUGGUUAGGAUGUGAGAUUUAAUUUUCAGACUGAGAAUUAAACUGAAAAAAUGAAAAAUGACCAAAAAAAAAGAGAGAGAUAAGGCAUAACAGUUACUGACAAGUGCAACUCAUCGCAUAAAUUUACAGUGAAAGAUGGAUAAUUGCAUGAUGGGUAAUUUAAAUGAUUGACCCACAAUGCUUGUAUUCUUGCAAUACGUAAGUCUUCCCUUUACACUUAAACAGAUUAUAAAUAAUCGCUCGCAGCAUUGGCAUGGUUCAUAUUCUUGUAUUCCUGCUCCUCUCUGGUGUAUUUUAACCAAGCGUCUAUAAAUGAUUCGUCUGUACGUGUGUUCUGUUCUCAGGAAAUGUGUGUCUGUCUGUGCGAGUGUGUUUGUGUGUGAGACAGAUCCAUGUAUGAACUGCAGGUGUGCAGGUUUCCCCCUCCAGCUCAGCACUAACUAAAUCUAUAUCAGGGAUUAUUAUGUUGUGUCCUGUCUGUCCUACUGUGUGGGCUUCGGUGUGUUCAGCCCCAUGUACCUGACACACACACACACAAAUAUACACACAAAAACACACACACACCCCUAAGAGAGUACACUCAACCUUGAUGAAGUGAAAGGACGACUUGCGAACGAACAGAUGGCCUCACUAUCAGUGCGGUUACGUAACAGAAUUUGGUUUCCCACGUCCGUAUCGAUGGUUUCAGGCGGACUCGGAACAAUCUGCCUCAGUGUUUUAGAGGACGUUACAGCCAACAACAACAACAGAGCUGCCAUCAGUCUUCUUUUAUUCUGUCUCCAUCAAUCAGAAAUGUGUAAACUCCAGCCAAGAUGGGGGAUGGCUGCUCUUUUGUUGUCCUCCUCUUCAUCUUUUUAUAACCAACUAACACCAUUCAAGGUGCGUUCACGAAGCUAUGCACCACAGUAGCUGUGUCUGAAAAAAAAAAAAAAAACCUUUUGUCUCUUUUUUCUUGUCUGGUGUUUUUGGCUUGAUGAACGUAGCCUCAACUUUUUCUCCUCAUGUUUCCAAUCUUGACUUUUUGACUCACUAACUAAAGUACGGAUUCAUGUUUUGAUGCAUUGUCAACAGAGUUGCUAAAUGGGAGGAGAUGCUAACUGUGAUCAGAUUGUCUACAUAAGCUAACGUUAGCAUCUAUGAUGUAACAGUAAAACCAAACUAAGUAGCUCAAGCAAGUUUGGGCAGCUUUGUUUGAUAUAUUUAAGAAUUAUAACAAAGCAAACUAUAGUUAGUAAAUUUAUUGUAAUAAAAACUAGAAUGUGAAUAUUAUCUGUAUGUUAACUGUAAUGUAGCAAACAAGUGCAAACAACAGAUUUGUCAAACGUGAGCGUGGCAAGGAACAGAAUAAGAUAUAAGCACCUAAGUAUACAUAAACACCAGGAUCUGCUUGUUAUGUUUAUGUUGCAACAGAUUCAUUAAAGGGAUAUUCUGGCGUAAAAUUAAUUUAGGGUCAAACACACCGUAACACAGAGUUAGACACCCCCUCGAGCGAUGAAUGUUGCCGACCUCUUGCUUCUCUAGUUAUACCAACACUAGUAACGACCGCAAAUAGCAAUACACAGCGGUCUGAGGAGCCAUAAACAAACUUCAACCAAAACGCCACUCUAUAGCCACAAAUAAUGCUCAGAACAGCACCUAACUUCAUCAACAGUAGAUAUAGGGUCCCAGCCACAGCACUAGCCACCAAACAUCUUUUUUAACUUUGACUAAUUUCUUUUGCAAAGAGACCAAACACAACUCACCUACUCUCUUCCAGCAGCCGCUUGCUUGUAGCGAGACCUCAGGCCAGUCCAUUAAGGACUGCAGCGGGGUGACGCAGCUCAAGGAAGAACAUUUAUGAUCAUUUCUUCAUGGAAAUGCAAUCAGAUUGAGACACUAAUGUAGAAUAACUAACGUGUCUGCAGUGCAAAAUGAUUAAUAUGGUGAUUAUUACAUCAAGGAAAUGAUAAAGGAAAGAUCAUAAAUGUUCUUCCUUGAGCUGCGUCAUCUCACAGCAGUCAUGAUGGACUCGUCUGAGGUCUCUGUACAAACUAGCGGCUGCUGGAAGAGAGUGGGUGAGUUGUGUUUAGUCUCUUUGCUAAAGAAAUUAGGCAAAGUUAAAAAGAUGUUUGGUGGCUAGUGCUAUGGCUGGGACCCUAUAUGUACUGUUGAUGAAGUUAGGUGCUGUUCUGAGCAUUAUUUUUGGCUAUAGAGUGUCGUUUUGGUUGAGGUUUGUUUAUGGCUCCUCAGACCGCUGUGUAUUGCUAUCGUGCUGUCGUUACUAAAGUUGGUAUAACUAGAGAAGCAAGCGGUCGGCAACAUUCAUCUCUCGAGGGGGUGUCUUACUCUGUGUUACGGUGUGUUUGACCCUAAAUUAAUUUUACGCCGGAAUAUCCCUUUAAGUAUAGAUAAAUACCAGGAUCUGCUUGAUAUUUUUAUGUUUAAAAGAUGUAUUCAGUAAGUGUAAUGUUUUUGUGUGUUACUAUUUUACUGUAUUUAGGAAAGACACAUAAUCGCCAAGUGUAACGGUCGACUAUGGCGUGUUAUUCCUUUUAAACAGUCUACAAUAGUUUCUGAGCUGAUAGUUUUACGUGCAGUUUAAUUAAUCCUACAAAAUUCUUCUUACUUGUUGUUAAAAAAAUCACUCCUCCCACUUUGCAACUCUGUUCAUUGUGAAAUUGACUCUGAUAUUGAGUUACAGUAGAGAAGCGUAAUGCAUGCUAGCCCCCUCAUAACCACUCCUUCUGCUCUGCCUCUGUUUUUCUCUCUUUGGUAUCACUUCUCUCUCUCUCUCUCACUCUCACAUUAUUUCUGUCUCCAUCUUUUCCUCUUCCUCUCCUUCGUUUCCUUUUUCUCUUCUCAUUUUGACUCCUCCGUUCUUUACCACUCUGUCGUUAUAUCUCUCUGUUCUUUCUCCUUUUUAUCUCCCGCUCUGUUGUUAACAUCUUCAGCUGUGCUCAGACCCCUGCAUGAGGCUAACGCUCAUAGCGGAUUGGCUGUAGCUGCGUGCAUGAGGAGCACUGGGGGCCCAAUCAAACGCGGGCAGGAUCAGGAAAUGGAACGGGAGACAGGAAGCACCCGCCCACAGGGGCCUCACAGGUACCACUACUGUCCCCCUUUUUAAUGUGUCCAAAGCUGGUGCCUGUCUCAAAACCACCUCAGACCUCCUUCCCUUUUUCCCCCCUCCCUCACUUGGUGUGUGUCCUGGGCUCGAGCUAUCCCAAAACCCGCCUGAGGAGGACUCCUCUGUGUGUGUCCUCUGGGUGCUGGCUGUCCAAAAACACCUCAACACCCUCAUGUGUGUGUCUCCAGCUCUGGCUGCCAAGACAAAAAUCCCAGAACUCCCUGUUUUUGUAACCCCAAGCACUGCACUCUCAUAUCUUGCUGUAUGUGUGUUUUGAAUGUGCGUGUGCUCUCAAAGACACACACUUGACUUUCUACAGUAACUUCUGAUGCUUUGUGUGUUUGUGUGUUUGUUGCAGUGCAGUAAAAAAACCUGCUUUGCUGGGCUCUCUCUGUGUUGCCAUCGAGAAUAAAAAAGAGAGAGAGUUUCUCUCUGCUUCGCUGUGCUUCACUGCCUCCCCUCAUUGUUGUCGUGCUGCUCUUUGUAGCUGUGUGCUGCCAAGGCUUCCCUGUGCUCUUUGUGCGCUGCUGAUCUGUCCUUCUGUGCACUGGAAAGCUGCAGUCUGUGCGUGUCUGUGUGUGCAACUGUGUUCCUAUGUUCUGCUGUGUGAAUGCAGUCACAGAUCCUGUCCGGUAUCCUGUUUGUUGUUUUUUUUCCGUCUUUGCUGCUGUUUGUGUGUUUCACUGAUUCAGACGGUUUCUCCUGAUGUGUCAGUUUGUUGCAGUGAGAGGAGGAGAAAGGGAGAUUCAGCAGGGAAGUUUGAAGGAGCUGAAACUUCAACAACCUCAGAGUGACCCUUUAAAGCAGGAAUGAAUUUAUCAAUACUCCAGCACAAGUUCACACACACUCUAUCGUAGACAUUAUACCAAUAUAGCACACCACACCAUCUACAUGAUAGGCCUUAAUACUCAUAAAAAAGCCCAUUUAUACUCAUGGCAGGAUUUUGACCUCGAAAACAGGUUAGAGCGAUGCGCAACCAGCCGAGAAGAAGUGGGAGAAAAAAUCAAUAGAGCAUAGUAUUGCAACAUUUAGUCUGAUGAUAUAUCAUAUCGUCUCAUUUACCAAGAAUCGUUUUUUCUAAUUAAUUGCUAAUAUUAAGUCAAAUCUAUGAUAAUGGAAAAAUAAAAUCAACUGUUUGUCCGGUGAGGUUGGUAGAGGUGACAUCAUAGAGCAGGAGAAAGUUAGUACAACAAAUAAAUAUGUAAGGUUUGCAAGAUGUGCUACAUGAAAUUAAAAUACUGGGUAAAUAAGACAAACAUAAAGGAAAGACAAAUGAUAAAUUAGCUAAAAAAUCUGUGUUAAAAAUCACAAUAAUCACAACAAUGGUGGUGCUAGCUCUGCUAAUGUUAGCCACACUCUGGAGACCAAUUUGGCAUAGUUUAACUCCAGACUCCAGAUCCCAUGUUUAGUGAUAUAGUUAUUAAAAAAUACUGCCCCUGUAUAAGACUUAGAAACUCCCUCUGGGCUCUAGCUUUACCCACAACCCAAGGGUACACGUGUCUUUGUUUGAGAGAGCAGACAGUAGAUAGGGUAAGGAGCUGGAAGGAGAUAGUGGAUAAAGGCACAGACUAAAGGGCCAAGUACCAGGAUUAAACCUGCUUUGAGGACUACAGUCUCUGUGAUUGACCCCUGAGCUAAAACAACACUCUGCUAAGUAAAGCCAAAAACAUACAGGAUCCGUACUGAGCGUGUUCUGUAUUUGUUCUGUAGAGCAGCAUUGGGUAUCACAUACAGGAUGCGUAUUUGGAGCGUUGCAGCAGCGUAGUGCAGCCCCGGUCAGCUGGGCUUAGUAUAGAGGAAACAACAUGCUCACUACAGGUUGUUUUUCCUUUCUGUGGUUGUUUCCUGCUAAUUUGGAUAUAAUUCAGUGACCGUUGAACCUCUACUAUAUGUGGAAAAGCUACAAGAUUCUUGUUUUUUGCAGGUUUACUCAUGUUUAAUAAAGUAAAUUAUGUUCCUUUAUACUGUGUUGUUACCUUCAGACAGAGUUAGCAGUUAGAAGUCCUGUUGGGGUCCACAUGGAUCAGGGAUUGACCAUCAAAUUGUUCUUUGUUACUGAACGAUCUUCUUUGUUUGGAUUAACACGCAUUGGAAUCGUAGAGCAGCAAAAAUAAACUCGCUGCGUAUCUUUAGCAGUGCUGCUUUCGAUACGAUGCUGCGACGGAGCUGAUAUGCGUCCUGUAUGCUUUGCUGCAUUGACUAGAAUGGCAACUUAUUUGCUGUGUGACACACUCCAAAUACGCAUCCUGUAUGUUUUAGCCUUAAGACAGGAGGACCUCUUCUCUAUGUAGAUAUAGAGCACUCAAACGCUUUCAAACGUUGUCUCUAAAUUAUGCACACCGACCCUUUAAUUUCCAGAGUCGAGGGCCCACUCCUCUUGGGUUUAUAUCCUUGAGGAUCUCAGAUUAAACUCAGAGGCCUUCAGGUUCACACUGAGGCAGCAAAUUGGAAAUACAGUCUUGAGAAAUUCCCAUAUGUACCUUUAAGGUCAUUACAGUCGUUACAAUGUGAACACCUCCAUUUCCCCUUUACAUUUUGCUGCAGCAAUUUAAAGCAGCUGAAUUAAUGGUUUUUACAGAAGUACAGGCUGCGAUUGGAUCUGCUAACUAAGUUAGAUAAAGUCCGAUUUACUCUCGGUUUCAUUAGACUUCACUUUAACUGGAGCGAAAUUUGUUAAAAAUUAAUCAACUGUAAACCCAAACUGUUAACAGCAGAGCGAAGAGAGAGGGAAGAAGAAGAAGAGGAGGAGGAAAAGCUCGGCGCUCAGCUUCUUUUAUUACCUUCCUCCUCUCCUCUAUUGAUCAACACAAGCCUCUGAUUUAUAGCUCGCCGCUGCAAAGCCUGCUGGGUAAUUACUAAGGCUGAAAAGAGACGGGAGGGAAGAGUUAACGUGGGGGGAUGGGGGCUGGCACUCACGUAGACACACACACACACACACACACACACACAGGUUUGCGCAUGCUGUCUUUAAAAAUAGACACACAAAUUUACAGACUUGCUGUUCACACAUUCCAACACACACACACACAAGUUUGCCACACACAAACACGUGCGCGCACACACCGCCACAGUGAGGAAUGUGCUGCGCGUCUCUGCAGAGAGGAUCCUCUAAUGUUCAACAUAUAUCAUAUCAGGGUAUGUAAAUCAAUAAGGUGAUAUAGCGGCCCGCUCAGGCUGAACGACUGCAGACCGAGGAGGCCGCAUUUAUCCUCCGAGUUUGAUCAAAUGCACCAGAGCAGCUUCAUAAUUCCAAUAAUCAGAUUAAAGCGAGGUUAUUUGGGUUGUUUGCGUUCAGUUUGAGGAGUUUGGUGAAUCCGCAGCAGUCAGAGGAGAGCUGAGCUUGUGCCUGAAUCACACGCAGCAUGUUUGUGAAAUCCCCAUACACAGAGCGAUGCUUGCACAGGCUGCAUCAUUGUGUGUUUGAGUCAAUUUGAGCUUGUGUGCGUGUGUGUGUGUGUUUGUGUGUGUGUGUGUGUUCUGCUUGUUUAUCCUGGUCUGCUGUUGUGACCUUCCCUCUAUGCAGUAACUCACCUGACGUCAGAGCAGCUCUGUGUUUUUUUUUGUUUGGAUUCGUUUCCUCGUGCUGCCCGCUGAGUGACACCCUCCCUCUCCUGUGUCCUCCAGUGAACAGCCUGGCCCGGUCCAAGUACUGCUGACGCCCAAUCAGGAGGAGGAAGAGGACCAGGCGACGCCCAACCAGGACGCUGCUCUGGGCCAGGACCCGCCCCCUCCACCCUAUCGGCCCCCGCUCACCCUCAGCAUCCCUCACCCGUGCGCCCCUUCCAGCCGCGGGGAGGAGAAGAAGAAGGAGGAGGGGGAGGAGGGUGGGUGCGUGGGAAAGAGAGGGGAGGAAGGUGAGGACGGGAGGGAGGGGACGGGGGUGAGGCUGUGCGAGCUGCUGCAGGCAGGAGGGGUGAGUGUCAGACCCCUGGGGAAGCACUUAGCCAUCUCUCUGCCCUCGCUUCCUCUGCGUCUCUGGGAUACACACACCACACACGUCGCACACUACACACACCUUGAACCCACACACACACACCCUCCCCUUCCCCCCUCACCUCCUCCCCCAUCUUCCCCUCUCGAAGCCUCUGGGCAAAGGAAACCUCUUACACCUCUCUGGCAGCCCCCCCAGCCCCAUUCCCCUACGGGCACCCCGCAGCAUUGGCCGCUGCACGGAGCCGCCGCCGCCGCCGAAAGCGGGACGCGUCAUUGGUCCUCCUGGAGUUUGGACCGCCCUGACGCCGUGGUGACGCCAUACGACACCCCUCCAGAUCGGUGCGUUCCCAUCAGGCCACAGACCUCCACCAAGCUCUACAGCUUCAGUUGCCAGUCCUCUCCAGGGCACUACAGCUCCCAGCAUGCCCCAGGGCAACACAGAGAUCCCUGCUGUGACCGAGAAGAGGCCGAGUUGUCGGAGCUUGACUCCCUUUACCAGGCCAGCCUGCAGGCAGGAAGGACAGGUACACAAACACACACACACACAAACACACACACAGAAGCAUAGUGUCAGUUAAGUCAAAUUAACAUGAUUUUAAUUAAUCCAUUAUCACAGAAUGUCCGUAUUGUGAUAUUAUUGUCAUUUUGGAGGAUAUGAGGAUAUUAAUAUAUCACAUUAUUGAUCAUAUCAGUGUUUUAAAGCAUAUUGUAUCACAUUGUGUCAUAUUGUAUUGUUUUGAAUAGUAUUUUGUCUCAUAUGAAGUCAUCAUUGUGAUGUAGUGUGUCUUGUUUCAUCUCAUGUUAUAUAGCCUUACACUGUAUUGUCAUAUUGUAAUGUGUUGUGACUUCUCUUGUUGCAUCUUGUGGUAUUGGACCACAUUAUAUUAUUUAAUAUGGCAUUUAGCCCUAUUUUAUCACAUUAUGAUGUACCGUAUCGUAUGAAAAUGUGUUGCAUCAUGUCCUGUUGUAUCGUAUCGUCUCAUAUCAUAGCAUAUCGUAAUGUAUUGUAUUGUAUCAAGUCAUAUCGUAUUGUAUCAUAUUGUAUUGUAUUGUAUCGUAUCGUAUCGUAUUGUGUCAUCAUGUAUGAUACAAUAUCGUAUCAUAUCGCAUCAUAUAUCAUAUCGUAUAGUAUUGUAUUAUUAUGUAUCAUAUCAAAUAGUAUCAUAUUGUAUCAUAAUGUAUUGUAUCGUAUCAUAUUAUAUCGUUCUGUAUUGUAAUCCAUUAUAUCGAAUCGAAUCGUGUUGUAUCAUAAUAUAUGAUACAAUAUCAUAUCAUAUCGUAAUGUAUCAUAAUGUAUCAUAUCAAAUCGUAUAGUAUAGUAUCAUAAUGUAUUGAAUCUUAUUGUAUCAUAUCAUAUCAUAUCGUAUUGUACUGUAAUGUAUCAUAUCGUAUCAUAUCGUAUCAUAUUUUAUCGUACACAAAAAGAGAUGCUUUCAAGACGCCGCCAUAAAGAGGCAGUUUGAUGGAAAAUGGAAAAAAAAAAAGUUUGUCAGCUAAAAUUCAAAUCCAAAUUUAAGUUAAUGGACAGGGCUUGAAAUGUAUUGCGUCACACUAUAAGUUGUAUUUAAACCUAAUUUAAAGCCAUACCAACUGAACGUUAUUCGUAGAAAGUUUUAAUUUUUUCUUGAUAUAUUCUUGCCAAGCAUGUGUUAAGAUUCCUCUUAAAUGAACAGAUAUUAUGAUUCAGAGUCAGAGACCCCUGUUUGACCUCCAGCUCGGCCUGUGUUUGUUUUCAGGCUGCAGCCCUUCAGAGAGGCUCAUAUCCAGGGUGGGAGGGCAAGCUCGCUCCAAGACCCCCAACGCAGACAUGGAGAGGAGUGUGUACGGGGCCGACUGCACCAGCACCCCCACCUACCUCAACAAGGUAGCACCUGCACAGACCUCCCUCACAUUUCCUCAGUCUGUCGGACGAGUCCAUCUCCCGGCUUCUGACAGACAUUUUGUCCCUCUGCAGACAAUGAUGUUGCGGGAUCUGCGUUUGGGGGCGGAGCCUGAAGAUGGGGAGAACCUGAGGCAGAUUGGACGCAGCCUGAGCGGCACAGUAGUGACCCCGCGCCGCAGCCGUCUGACUGCAACCCGAAGCUUUGUAAGUGUAACUCUCAGUGCUCUGCUGCCCCCCUGUGGCUGUGCCGUUAAACUGCACCUGGCUGAUGUCCUGCCUUGGCACUUGACACAUUGCUUUUCCCUGUGCUCUUUACCCCGCUGUUUGUCUCGUUUUCUUCCUUUUGUCCUGCUUCUCAAUCUCCAACCUGUCCCCCUCUUUCUCACUCUCUCUCACUCUCUCUCUCCCCUCUCUCUCUCACUCCCUCUCUCUCUCUAAGGUUAAGCAGGCUGAUGUCAGUGCCUCGCCUUGCUUGCUUCCUCUCUUCUGAGUCCCUGUUGCUAUUCCACCACUAUCAUCUCCUCCAUCCUCUUCAUCACCAACACCUUGCCAUCACCACCUCCCUCUACCGCUUUACAGGUAAACACUGGUCUGAGCUCGCAUGAUUUUUACACCUGUAGCGUUUCAAUCAAAGAACUAUUCGCCCGCUUAGCACUGGGAGGAGUGUCGCGGUCUCGUUUGCAAAGUUGAUCUUUAUUUAUUAUAAUUUUGGGGGAAACAUUUCAUUUUUUGGCAAAGUUGACUCAUCUGGCAUUAAAAUAGGCUAAGCCCCUAUUUGCACUGCUCUAUAUCCCGAGGAAGUGCACUGAUUUGUGUUUACUGUGGAGAGCCAAAAGUUGUUUUUCAUCCCUCUGAAAAUCUGUCAUGUGUCAAAUUUAGUUGAAACUUCCGGCAGAAAAUCAGCAGCAUUUUGUAAAAACUCAAAACCAGCUUAUUAGUAGAUGAAUGUGUUUAAAAUACACGUUUAACACUCUCAGAAAGAUCAAAUGCAGUGUACGGUUACCUCAAAUCUGUCGUAUUUACAUAAAGGAAGAAAAAAACCCAAAACAUUCAUCUGGUUAAGCUCAUUUAACAGGAACAAAGCCGAUUAUUUCCACUUUUUCCUGUGCCAGAAUGACAGAGCUGUUGCAGAUCUGUGUGGCGUGUUAAAAACCACUCUGCGAAAGAUAACCAAUCAGAGGUGUUUUUACCAGAUGUUGUUGUAUAUGUCAUUUUUCAGGUAGCGAAGGCGUUUACGUACGUUUUAUCUAUCAUGACGACGUAGAACCUUUGUCCCUAACUUUAACUGUGUUCCUGCUGACAUGAGUAAAAUCCUGAAGUUUCAUUUAAUGUCAUCUGUCUUCAGUGCUUAUCUUCAAACUUUUUAAUCUGUGGAUAAUUCACUGAAACAAGGCGAAACAUGAAACUGAAACUCUGCAUUUGUAGUCCGAGCCACUGUCCCGACUGAAAGCUGGAAAUCACAUUUAUGAGGCUGCCUGAGGUGUUGGCACCGUAGUAACAAGCAAAACCAGGAAAAAAAAUGAUUUUACAAAUACAAAACAGAAGAAAACAAAUCAGCAAGGAGACUCUGACCCUAAAAUCUGAUUUAUUUUCACUCUGUUUGGGUUGUGAGGGGAAUCCAAAUGAAACAAGCAGCAGGACGGAUCAAUGAUACAUUAGAAAUGUUUACAGUGGUCUCGCUUCGAUAAGGGAUUAUUCUUAUGAUCAAGUUUUAAGAGUAUCUUAGACUUUUUAUUGAGCAUGGAUCGUCCAUGAGUCCUAAAGCUUGAGUCUGAGUCGAGUCUCUAAGUCUGAAGUUUGUGUGCGAGUCCAAAUCUCUGAAGUAUAGUCAUUUAGGUGAAUUAGAAUCUCGACAGGCUGAGUACAACCCCGAAGUUACAGAUCAACUCCAGUUUGCAUAACCACCUGCUCACCACAGCUAUCAGCUAAAGACUUGUAAAACUGAUGAUGAACUGCAAUAAAAAACAAAGUUAUCAGGUGAAAAUGAUACAAAGUGUUUGACAACUUAUCACACGGUUUAUUGACCCAGUUGGAAAAUAAAUAAGGGUCCUAGUCCAGAACCUUGGGGUACACCCUUAGAGACCUGCAGGAAAGAGGAGGUACAUUCGGUCAGACAGGAAGGCAAAUAAUCAGAUGUUGCUUGUUUUGAUUUGCCAACAUAGUGAAGGACAUAAGUUUAGUGAGCAUCCUGAGGCUGGCUUCCCACAAUGCAAAGUGCAAACCAGUAUGCAUGGCGUUUGUUUACUCACGCAUGGUAUCGUGUGGACAGUCCUGUGGCUUUGUGUGCUUUGGCUCGCCUUAAGAUAUUUCAGUGAGAAAACAGACAGUAUCAAACCGUCUCUGGAGUCACCUUUGCUGUUGAGAAUUAAUCACUGUUGUUGUGGGGGUUUUGACCAAUCAGGAGCGAGUAUUUAACACAAUUGAAAGAGAUGAGAUCAGAGUCACCAAAAAUGACAGUUUUAUCAUUAAACACAUAUAAAGAAGAAAGAAUACAUACUGCUGCUGAUUCUUGGAAGUGGGACGUUACAGCUUAUCACAUAUUAUGCAAAUUUAAUUGAAUUAUUUAAAUGGAGCAAGUCUGUCCUGGAAUAGUUCUUUGGUGUUGCAGUCGUUCGCAGAACUUUGCAUUGAAUUCUUUGCAAAAUUCUGCGAUAGCGCUGAUACGUUAACAGGGAAAUGUUCUUAAUAGAUAUGAGAGAAAUGUAGGAUUUGAAAUGACUCAUUUUACUGAGAUAAAAAAGUCUCACAAUUAUGUCUCAGCAAACGUUUGGAAAAAGUUGAACAGAAAACAGAAUCUUGCGUCUGUGCUGUUUGAGGUGCACCGCCUGAUCCCUCCUCUCCCCUCUCAUCCAGGAGCUGUCAGGUGGAGCAGGGAGUUUCUGGCUAUGUCUGACGGGGGUCAAGCUCUCUUCUGACCAGAGUCCCGCUCUGCUUCACUAACGUCACCCUGUCCACCUUCGAGGCGGGGCAGCGGCGCCGGGGUCCUCGUCAGCCUGGCUUUGACAGAACCUGGAAUCGGCUCAGGAGGAUGAAACUCACCUCUCAUCCUGCUCCUCCUCCUCCUCCUCAAACGACAUGCACACGCACACACACACAUGCACGCACACAUCUGCACUGACGUAGAGCCUCCCUCAGCGCCUGCAGCACCUUGCUUAGCCCCUCCUUGCCUUCCUCCCUUCCUUCCUUCCCUCCCCUCCUCUCCUUUUAACCUACUAUUCUGUCUAUGCAGUCACUCUGACCCCCAACUACAACCUCAACCCUUCCCCACUUCUCCCUGGGACUGUUUCUUGCCCCCCCACUGAGGUUUUUCCGAGGGUUUUCCUGCUCCGUUGGGUCUGAAGCGGACCUGGACACUCUGCAGACUCCUCCAGCAGGACCCUCAGCUCAUGGGGAGGCUCUUAACUAAGUAGCCACGCCUCUUCCUCUUUCUUCACGGGCAUUUCCUGAUGGACGCACACGUAGCCGAACUGGGUCUAUUUCCGAUGGACAGCCAUAUUUUUUCUCUUCUUGUUUUUCGGGGUUUGUUUGUUUUCUUCUUCCUGUGUGCGCGCACAGUAAAACCCGCCCAAGAACUCCGAACUCUCUAAUAACUAAAAGUCAUGUACAGAAAAACUCAUGUAUGAAACCUGUAUGUUAAUUAAUAAGACCUUAUGGAAUGUUGAUAAUGAUAAUUAACGAAAAUAUUGAUAAACUUUAAAGUGGUACUUCCUCAUGUCUGCAUUUCAAAUAGAAGUGGAGUGCACUUCACAAGUGUCUAGCUGGAGUUUCCGCCCCCCCUUAACCGCUCGCCGACCUAAUGACAGCUCUCCCGUUUCUACCGGGAGAUUAAACAAGAAAAGCGCUUCUUCUUCUUCUUCUUCUUUUCUUUUUCUCCUUUUUUCUUGCUCCCUUUGAUUCGCGCUUGCUUACUUUUCUUCCCAAACACGACACGGUAGCACCAGAAAGUAGGCCAACGGGAGGUGGAAGAGUCUUGAAGGAGUAAGUAGGUUAGGGAACCGCUCCCUUUUUAACGGAGGGGAACGAAUCAAGUGCGCUUUGCAAGGUUACUGGAAAGAAGUGCACUUUUCGAAGGCUUUCAGACUGAAACGCAGCCGAUGGAGAGUCGAUGAUUGUGUUUAACUUUAAGGCCUCAGGUGAACUUUAGUGGCACUUUUGAAUUCACGCUUUUUUGUUUUUUUUUUCUUUUCAGUCCUCUCACACUGAAACCAGUUUGGAGACCUCAGUUGUGAAAAGAAAAAAAUCUCAUCUUCAGCCUGAGACAUUGACAUGUCCAGUAUGAAUAUGCUUUAUAUGAUGUGUAUGUAUUAAAGGUAUAUUUUCAGACAGGGAGCUAUCUUCUUCAGAGAUGUCAACCAUUCUUGAGUUCUUCUACCUUUAUGAACAAUGUAACACACUCCCCCCUUUACUGAGGAGCGUUUUGACAUGUGUAGAGUAUUGUUAUUAUGAUUAUUAUUAUUAUAUGCUUUAUUCGAUGAAAUAUGGUAUAAAUUAACAAAACUGGCCAAUUUAAAGUUCUCCAAGAAUUUACUGAUGUUGAUUGAACGUUGUAACUAAACCAAAGGUUGGCACUUAACUCAGAGAGCGUAUUUAACAUUGCUGUUUUUACUUUCACUUACGUUCAGAUUUUCUUGAUUUUUAGUUUGUAUGUUUGUUCGUUCGUUUAUUCGGAUGUGGGAGAAUGUAGCCAAUUGUAGCGCAUGAGUCCGCUAUGCAAAUCAACCUUCCCUCACGAUUUCCUGUAUCAGAGACAGUGCAGGAGGCAGACACAGCCACCCCUCGGGCGCUCUCAUGGACUCUGGCGGAGACCCCGGAGAGGAGGAGGAGGAGAUCUCAUGUUUUAAUGCUGCUGGUGAACUUUGUUGUUCUGCAUCUACUACUAUGUUUUAACCAAUGGAAUGCAAAAAGAGAGCAACGAGGCAGGAGAACGAGGGAGAAAGAGAGCGAAUGAAUGUAAUAAAAGGGUGAAAGUGUGUGUCUGUGAAUUGGUGCGACGGCGGAGGAGACAGGGAGAGGUGAAGAGUCGCUAAAGAGGGUUUAUUGUUCGUGGGUGUGUGUAGACUGCGUGUCAGUUCUGGGGUGGUGUUGCUCGGGGAAAGAGGGAACCUGUAUUUUUGCAAUAAAGUUAUUACCAAUGCACUCCCACAGGGGGCGUAACCACCGUACAAA